AUGUUUCCAGGUCCACACCCACACGCAUUAUUAGGAAAGACAAGAAGACCAAGAACUGCGUUCACUAGCCAACAGCUCCUAGAGUUAGAAAAACAAUUCAGACAAAACAAAUAUUUGUCCAGACCCAAGAGAUUCGAGGUGGCUACAAAUUUAAUGCUUACUGAAACCCAAGUAUGAUAUUUAAAUUUACAUAUUUAUAUUAUUCGUUAUCGUAAUUUAAUAUAUAAGAACAGAAUAAUAAAAUAUGAAAACCAUUACUGUAGUUAGUUUGUGUUUAUAGUUAUAGGUAGGUAAAUAGUUUAACGUUAAAUUACUCGAAGAAUCUAAUCGUAUAGUCUAUCGUAUUUUGUACUUGUUAUGUGGCUUAAAAAUGUUGAAAUAUUAUUUUGAAAAAUUGGAUGAGAAAUAUAAGGAUUUUAAACUUAUGUUAUGAAAUAUUUAAAAAUCUCUUUUAGCAUUUUAUUGACACGUUUCUACCUAACCGUUCGAAAUUUCUAUCCGCAUCUAUUUAUUGUAUUAGCUGUUAUUGUCCAAAUACAAUUCAGUUUUAGUCAGAUCUUACAAUAGCUAGCAUGAUAACAUGGUAUAAUAUCUAAUAUCAUAAUAAUACAUUAAAUUUAUAAGUAAAUAAAAAUAUUAUUUAUGUAAAGUUUUAGUUAAAAUUAUAAAAUAAAAAUGCUUGUUUUGUUUAAAUUAAACAGACGCAAAUAAUUGUUGAUGUCACAAUAAAAUUAUUAUGUACAUAUAAGUUACUUUUAUCUCCUUUAAAUAAAUCUCAUAUCAUCUCCUUGAUCACUGUUGCUGGAGAGAUUAUUUAUUUGAAUUCAAAAAAUAAAUAAACUACCUUGUUCUACCUACUUGAGCUUAAUAUUAUGUAAUGGUGCAUUCAUUUUACCUACGAAGGUACCAAUUUAAAUUACACUCGUAAAGUUAGUUAAUUAAUACAAAUAAAUAAUUGUGACUGAAUGAGUCUAAAGUUAUGUAGAAAAUAACGUAAAGCAUUUGUUUAAAUAAUGUAUUACCUGGUCUUAAAACACGCGUAGGUAAUAUAAUGUGUUGCAGUUAAAAUUCUUAAUCGUUGAAAAACUAAGAGGUUACUGCCAUAGCUAAACUGAAAUAAAUUGUACUUAAAACGAACACAUGAUGAAUAAUAGUUCAGUUUCAAAAAUCAUAUAAAUGUUUAGUGGAAAAGACAAAAAUUAGCAAUAUCAAAAAUACUUUCAAAAUUGUUAGCUACAACAUGUGAUCGGACUGCUUUUUUUAUGGAUAGCUAUUCCAUUGUCUAUGUCAUAUUUUUCUAUUUUAAGGCUGUAAGGAUCCGUUUAUCGAUAACUUAGGUUAGGAUAAGUUACUAAAUGUAUACACAAAUACUACUAAAUAAUAAUAAUAAUAAUAAUAAUAAUAAAUAAUAUAGUAAAUGUGUACUAUAGUUGCUGACUAAUCAAUGAAAAAUACAAUUUUGCCUAACAUACAUUUUAAGUUCGUAAUGUUUAACUUCAUAAUAGAUACAUCAAAAGUAUUUUUUGAAGAUAUUUUCACGGAUUAUUUAUAAGAAAGAAAAAACAAUAACAAAAACAGAUAAUUAAUACAUUUGACUACUAGUGGUCCGCCAAAGACUUUUACACUUUUAGUUGAUAUUUUUGAUCUAUUGGUAUUUUGUAAAAGUCACAGUCAUCCUGGAGGAUUAACUCUAUGGUAUAGAAAAUUUUGCAAAACGAAUGAGUUUAAAAUUGCUGUAGAAUAGACGAACGAAAUUUUCUCAUCUCAGCCGAUAACGGAGAAUGUGACCAGACCACAAAGUAUCUACUUUGAUAAUCGUAAUCGUCUUAUUUAGUUCAUAAUGUGGAAAUUACAAUUUUCGGUUUCUUGGAUAGAAAUUCUGGUCUUAAGUUCAAUAUUAUCCACUCGAACUUCCGCACUAUGUUUCAAAAUAUCUACAUAUCUAGUCAAAAUUAUUUGUUCAUGAAAUUUUACAAUUUGUUGAUCAUAAAUCAACAAUCAUAAUAUCACACGAUAAUUGUCAAACACCUGAUAUUGAAUAUCCUUUUUUUUUUUCAUAGGUUAGUAGCGUGAAAAGCGAAAAUGGGAAAAUUAAAAAACUGACCACUGUUUAUUUUUUAUGGACGCUAUACAAACAAAAAAUUUCUAGUGGUUUUCGAUAUUUUGAUAUUUUUUUCUACACCUAAAAACCAUACUGAUCUAUGAAAAGCGAUUGGACAAUGGGAAAAUCGAAUAUCUAAUCACGAGUUAUUUUUAACAUUAUUUUUCAACGUUAUUUUUUUUCAACAAUUCAACAAUGUAUAGGUUGUACUUAAUGUUACCAACUGUUUGCGACGGUGGCCGUUUGCGGUGAAUAAAAAACAAUUUUGUUUAUUUAUUUUAUCGCUGUUAUACUAUAGUAUCGUUUUCCAGCAAUAUCCAUAAGUUAUAUUCAUAGCUAUGUAUCAUAUAUUCAUUUACUCAAUCCAUAAAACAAUAAAGAUAUUUUGCCCUCAUAAUUUUUCACUCGAUAAAAAUAAAACAGGAUACUAUAUCCAACAUUUUAAUAAAAAAAAUAAGUGAUAUCCCAAUAAAAACCUUCCAUCAAUUACGUGUAAAAACGUCGCUAAGAACAAAAACGCUCAAGUUAAAAAAGUGGUGAUAUCAAAAAGGGGCUGAGUAAUUUUUUAAAUUCAUAACUAUAGAAAUUGUUUAUAAUUGUUUGUAUUUGAUGAAAUGCAAUAAUUUAAUAUAAAUAAUUUAACUUAACUUAGUGGUUAUUUAAAGAAUGUACUUAAAUAGUAUUAUGAUAAUAUUAAUAAAUUAUAAAAUGGGGAUGCUAGAAUUCAUGUCGGCAUUGUAUACUUAUUUGUAGUCGUAAAUAUUAAUAGCCGCCAAGCUAAGUAAAAUUAUUUGAAUUUAGUUAUUAUUUAUUUCAUCAAAUACAACUAAUUAUAAACAAUUUUUAUACUAAUGAAUUUAAGAAAUUACUUAGGCCCUUUUAGGUAUCACAACUUUUCUAAUUUGAUUUAUUUUUUCUUUAUGAGGUUUUUAUACGUAGUUUAAGGAGGGUUUUUGUUGGGAUUAAUUAUUGUCAAAAACAUAGUUUUCGAAACCAAAAAAUGUAAUUUUACAUAAUUUAAAUACUUUUUUAUACAAGAAUCCAUUGUCAUCCUAUUCUGAAAUGUUGCAUAUAAGUUGAAAACUAGUAUCUAAAAAACAUAUAUUGUUCUGAGAAAAAUCGAAGGGGUCAUAUUUUAGAAUUUUCAAGAACAUUUUUUUAGAAUUUUUUUUUAAACAAAUUUUAAAAAUUGAAAAAAAAAUCAGUUUUAUUAGUAUUGUUAGAUACAAUAGGUAUACCAAAUAUUUCACAAAUCUGAGAUAUCAAGGUCCAAAAUUGAAUGACUCAUCACUGGAAAUCAAAAUUGAAAGCUGUUACUAUAUUGAUCUAAAUUAUAAUAUAUAAUAUAUAUAUAUAUAUAUAUAUAUAAUUUAACAAUAUUAUAAUUUAAAAAGCUAUCCUAGGAUAAUAGGAAUGGGUGCAGCCACUAUUUUAGGUAAUUUUAUGUAAAUCUCUUAGCAACGAUUAACCGUUAAUAACAAAAAAACAAUUCUGAGCAGAGUUCAGUUGAUAUGUUAUAGUAAAAUAAUUAAAUAAACAUUAUUUAUUUUCUUUAAUAAUAAUUGUUUUAAAUUGUACCGAUUUUCUCGUUUUCUUGCGUUUUUACCGGUUUUCCCAUGUUUUUCCCGGUUUUUCAGAUUUGCUGGGAAAACUCUUAGGAAAAUCGAAAAAUUACCUCCUCAAGUUAUUGAGAUAAAAUUUUCUUUCAGAAAAUAAACUACACUUGGUACAUCGGAGCAAGAUGAAAAAUUACGCGCAAAACUCACAAAAUUAAAAUGUCUAUAAAUAGCUUAAAAAUGACUUAAAUUUUUUGAAAAUUUUACCACGUCUAGAAAAUGCAAUAAAAAUUGUCUGUCCAAAUUUCAUGUCUCUACGAUAUGUUUAACUGAAUUACAACAAAAAACAAAAUUGAAAAAUAAUAAAAGCAUUAUUUUCGUAAAUUUUUUUUUUUUCUUACAUUAUAUUCUGGUUUUUCCCAAAUAUAAUGAAAAUCGAUUGGAAAAUCAAAAAAAAAUCUCCCAAAAGUACCAUCCGGAAUCUGGACAACAUCCCCUUUCAGAAGUGGAGCUGAGCGUAUAAAUCCAAGCAAGGUUUCUGGUAGAAUUGUUGUACACAGGAUAAAAAAGAAACAAUAAAAAAAAAAUUAACAUCUUAGUAUAAUCAAUACAUUCUUCGCUACACUCAGAAUCUAAAAGCUGUAAAAAUUUUUAAACUUAUAUUUAAAUUUCGUACAUUUUUCCGUUUCCCUUCUUUUUUUCGGUUUUUCACAUUUAUUCAGAAAACUCGUGAAAGUAGUCACUUCUUCGUUAUACUCACCAUUUAGAAUCCAAAAGGCUUGUAUUAGUUUAAUAUUCAUAUAAAAUCAUGUAUAGCCGUAUACACUUCGCACCAUGGGUAGGCUACUGAUGUAAUUGGAAAGUUUGGAAGGUACUUUUUAUUGAAAAUCCUAAUAUUGUGAUUACUGGUUAAAUUGUAAAUGGCUAUCGUCUACAACUUCUUAGCUUAUAAUAAAAUUAUCAUAAUUUAAUCGUAUUUUAUAUUCAAUGUUGUAGGUUAAAAUUUGGUUUCAAAACCGUCGAAUGAAAUGGAAACGUAGUAAAAAAGCUCAACAAGAAGCAAAGAUAUCAUCAAGGGACAACGAUGCAACGAUGGAAAAACGAGGAGCGAUAAGUAUUCGAACGUGUGGUACCGGUAGUAACGAUUUACAGAACAAUUCGAAUAUCAGGUCUCCCGAAGAAACGAAUACAAAAAUAGAUUGUCCAACGUCUUCUGCUUCUACUACGAUACAAAAUCAAUCUCAUCACAACAAAUCUACUGCUCAAUUAAACCAUAAUUACCGCACAAUUAAUAAUAUAAUAUCGCAUGAGCAAGACGGAAACUGUGAGUCUCUAUAUAGACCGUACGUAUCAUAACAAACACAUAAUGUGCCUACCGAGUAAAAUAACACGUUUUAUUUUAUAUAUUUAUAUAUAAAAUAAAAAAAUAAUAUUUAUAUAUUAUGUAUUAUUUUAUAUCGUGUAGAUCGUGCAUAAUAAUUAAAACUAUGAUCGGGUUGUAAUAAACAUUUUUCUUUUUGGUUAUAAUUGUUGGUUUUGGUUAUUUGAUAAGAUAAAUUCAAUCUUUAUAUAUUUUAAAUACCUAUCAUAAUAAUACAUUAUAAAUUAUAAUAUUUAGAGAUGGGCGAUACUAAUAAAUUUGAUUUCGAUACUUCAUACUUGAUGUUAGCGAUAUGAUACUCUAAAACUGUGAACAACUAAUAAUUAUUCUCUUUUUAUAAAAACUUAUCUGAAAUAAUAUUUACUAGGAAUUAUUUCUUAAAUUGUUAUCCAUGAACUCAUUUUCUCGGUUGAAAUAAAAUAUUUAUCAUGUAGAUCCAAGAAUAAUUUUUUUCCCGUAAACAUUUUCUAAAAAUUAGCUCCAUAAAUUACUAAUUCAUUGGUGGAAAUAAUGCCUGCGCAAGGUAUAAUUUAAUAUUUUGAGAUUUUAAGUGUCAACUAUAAAUCUUUGAUCUUUCUAGCUUUUCUGAAUCCAAAAUGGUUUAUUAUAUCUUAAUAGUUUGAUAACUGUUCUUUCUCUGAGUGUAUUUAAUAUUAAUUUUUUAAAAACUUUAGUUAAUUAUGUAUCCCGAAAUUAUUAGCACACAUAAAAAUAACGGCCAUUAGAAGUAAAAUUAAUAAUUAAUUAAUAAAUUAAUAAUAGAUACAAAUUAUUAAUAUGCUUCGUUGGUCGCUCUGAACCGAUCAAUGCACACUCGGCCACCGUAGCCAGGGACGUAUUUAGAUAUAUUUUAUGUUAAACCAAAAAUAGAUAAAUAUUGCUGUGUAUAAUAUAUUAUGACCGCCGUCGCGGCAAACGAAUCCGUAACGUCACGCGAAAUGUCAAAAAUCACCGUGACUAUCGAACGAAUAAUCACGUACGAAUUUAAGUCAUUGUCCUAAUUACACUCUAUUCGAUUUAUUAUGGUGAUAAAAAAAUUAUUGAUUUUUUCGAAUUGGAUGGUCCUUUAAUUUUUAUUAUAGUCUUACUGUUUUCACAAAACUAAUAAUGAAAUAAUAAAAAUAAUAUUAAUGCUAAUGUAACAAAUUAUAUUAAAUUUAAAUUUCUUUCUUUGCCACUGUUGUCAAAUUUGUCUAAUAACAUUUCGUCGUGUAUGUCAAUGUUUCGACGAAUUGCUAAGUGUUAGUCCCACUAGCCUAGAUUCUGAGGUUGUAUUUCUUAGAUAUAUUCUUCUCAACGUCGAAAAGCCGCGAUCAGCUGUAGCAGUGGAUACUGGUAUUAUAGCUAGUAUUUUUAAUAACUCAUACAUGUUUGGGCACAUUAAAUUAUCACAGACACUUAAAGUCUCUAUAGCAGUUGCAGACCUUUAGUUUACUUCAAUAUUUUUCCUUUUAGCUUUCCAAAUCUCAUACUCUGUUUCUAUAUCAUGUCAUUUAUUCCAGGUAAUUAGCCCACGUAUUUACAGGACAACAAAAAGUACUUAAUAAUAAACUAUAAAAACGAUAAAAUCUACACGACAAAAACCGACCAUCGUGUUAUCGGUCGUCGCCGUCGCAACUUUUCAGCGAUAAUAAAGUAAACUUUUCGGAAUUAAUUUUAGCUCGCACGAUGACUAUGCGGAGACGCACGUGUAUCAGUCAAUCGAUUCUCCAUAAAACAAAUUAAAAUUACAAUACCACACGUCAAAAUUACGUAAAUACAUAAAUCAAUAGUACUAUGUAGCGGGCUGAAAGUUAUGAUUGUUACGAUCAAAAUCGUCGGACACAUUAGUAACAUGUAUACAUUACAUGAAUAUAUUGUUAUUAAAACAUUAUAUUUAACUUUUACGAUUUAUAUAUAAGACUUAAAAAAUAUUUCCUGCAGCCUCCUCAGCUCUCCCCUUAUAAAUACGUCUCUGACCGUUGCUCAUAGCCCUAAUUGUUAUUAGACAUGUUUACCUAAGCCUGUUUCUGCUAGACCUUAUAUCGUUCAUAGCAAUUCAUAUAUUACAAUAUUUUAAUCUUAAAUUCAUGUUCAAAGUCACGUGGUAAAGUUAAAUUUUGGUAUUAACCCCAGACUUUCUCUCAAUUUCCAACUUCUAUUGGAUUAAGAAACGGUAAACUAGAAUAUUUACCAGCCACUUUCCUAAUUUAUCAUUUCCAAUACUAAAUUAUUAUGCAAAACAAAAGCUUUAAAUUGUAUGGUACUAAAUCUUGGCCCAAAUCAAAAUCCUAUCUCCAUAUUUGACCUGUCAGUAAGAUAGUUUAGAUAGAUUGCUCUGUGUAUUGAUAUCUCAAAGUUUAACACAAAUUAAUUUGGAUUUAUUUGGCAUACAUUUUUAUAAUCAUAAUUUAUUUACAUCAUAAUUGUCAUUUGUAUCUAAUAAAAAAAAUAAUUGAAGUAUGAUAAUAAUUUUAUAUUAUUCAAUGAUAAUUUAUAAAUAUCUAUUUAAUAUGAACCGAAUAAAUUAUUAUCACUAGUCACUACAGUCAAGAACAUUAAACUCAUUAAACAAUAAUUGUCCAUUUGUUGAAAUUGAACGACCAAUAUUUUGACUUGCGAUGGCAUAUGGUAUUUCAAUUGCUUUGUUCACGAACUUAUUAAUAGCUGCAUUGUCUAACAAUUUUAGUACUUAUGAACCAUUUCUUGUUUUUAAAAAUGCUUGUUUGUGAGUAGUUAUUUCUGAUUUACAUUUUCUUUUUAUAUUGUUCUAACAUUGUUUUACUUGAAGGAAUGUUCUCUGUAAAAUAAAAUAAUAGAAUAGUAAUAUGAUAAUAAUUAUUAGUUUAAACUUACGUUUGGAUGACUAUCAGAUGCAUUCAAUUCUACAAUUAUUUUUUCCCAAUCUUUAUUUUUUUUGAUGAAUUGUUGUCGAAUCUGUUUUUUUAUUUUCUACCACAUUAUUUUGUUGUACAAGUUCAGUUAUUAAAGUUUUUUCUGGCUCAGAAUAAGCUAGUCCUUUACCCAUAAUGAUAGUUAUAGAUUUAUAGAACAAAGUUAUAAAAAUAAAAAAAAAAUUAGUAAAUAUGCCAAACACAGCCUAGAAAGUAAAUAAUAAAACGUGUUAUCAUUAUUAUCGUUUCAUAAAAAUAAUGUGAUAGUAUAAUAUAACCACAGUUACCAGACUUCAAUUUAAAAAAAAAAACUUACCCUUUUUUUAAACUUGUGACUUGUUAAAGUUCUGCUUAUUGAUCUUUAUGAAUACUUAAUAAUAAGCAUUGCUUUUAAAAGUGUCAUAUAAGAAGGGAAUUAAGAACUGAUUAUGAAUACAGGCAAUAGUUUCAAAUUAUACAUAAAAAGCGAUAUUUUUCAACAAUAUUUUGGAUUUUCCACAAAUUAUCAUUGUUAUCAUGUUCCGUUGUAUCUUUAAUAACUACUUCAUUAAUUAAUAUUCUAUAUUAAAACGGUAAAACCAGGAAAAUAUAAUUUUUAUCUUAUAUUCUGUUUUGUAAACAAACGAAAAUCCAAAUUACUGUUUUAUUGUUGCACGUACUGAAAACCCCCGACAUAAAUGGUUGCGAUAAAAAAUUGUUAUCAUAGUAAAGAUAUCACUUGCGUGGUAAACAAUCAACUUCAUAGCAUCAUUAUAUUAUUAAUAUAUACACGUGAUAUUAGUUAAUGAAUAAUAGGAAGACCGAAAAAAAAAGAAGAAACAAGAAGGUAAGUUAACUAAGUAGAGAAAUCUAAUAAUAAAUAUUUUCCAACUCAUAUUAUAUAUAAUAUACUAUAUAAUCUAUUUAACUCUGAUUUUUAUGAUUACUGACCGAAAGAAAGGUUGCAAAAUAUUCAAACUCAAUUAUAUUAAACAGGUGAAUCGGCGACUGCGAUUUAUCUUAGAUCGCGUUUUAUUGAUAGGUAUUAAUUUCUGAUUUAUUGUUAUUUUGUGUGUAUGUAUUAACCUGACGCAAUCAGCUGUCUCUAAUAUGUUAACAUGGAAGUACCUAUAAAGCCGGGUACACAGCGGAGCAUUUAGGAAUAAUGUAACUGUAAUGCUCAGGUGUGUACGGUGUUACUGUAUCAUUCGCGCGUGUUCGGCUCGCGACGCUAUCGAUCCACCCGUGUGUCGGUAUUUUGAUGAACAUUAAAGGAAUGUUACAUUACGACUCGACGUUAGUGUGGACAGUAAAACAGUUGCUCACAGCGAAUCACCUGGUGAUAUACUCGUAAACUAGUUUAAUAUAAUUGUAUUAAUUUAAUUUUAAUUUAAAAAAUGGAGUGGAAUAAUGAAAACGUGUUAGAUUUUAAAUUUGCAAAAUUCGAAACUUGGGAAGAGUUGACCAAGGAAAUAACUGGUGGAUAAACCGGCCAACAACCGGUACAGAGUAGUGCUCGACCCUAAACGUACAUACCGGUCGUUUGUAACAUGUAACAUGUAACAAUCAAGCGAGCACGAACUCUGUUACAUUACACUUAAAUGCUCCGGUGUGUACCCGGCUAUAAUAUAUUUUUCUAGAGAGAGGCGAUAUAUACAUAUCAGUCAUAAAUUGGGGUCCUCUAGAAGUCCUCGAUUUUUAAAACAAAAGAUAGAAAAAUGUUAUGAAAAUGGUAAUUUAAUUUAAUAACAAGUAUAUAGUAGGUACUCGUUAAAUAAUUAUAUAGGUAUACAUAAGAGUUAAAAAUAACAGUUUUUAUUAUGCAAAAUGUAUGUUUUUUUUUUUUUUUGUUGCAUCUAAUUUAUUUAUAUAUCAUCAACUGAAAUAUUUAUUGACUUACGAAUAUUUAGAUAAGCUAUGCCUGAUUAGCAAUCUUGUUCAAUUUGAGAUCUUAAACACAUUUUUAAUCUAAAUAAUAAUAAAAAAACCUAUACAUUUACAUCUAUAGAGAUACGAUUGAUUUACUUGAAAAUUUAAGAAACAGUUAGAUAUUAGGAAAGUUUGAUGUUUAAUUACUAAUAAUGUAAAAAAUGUUUCAAUGUAUUGAAACCACUUAAAAAAGAUUUUUAAAUUCUUAUAAGCAACUCAAAAUGAACUUAAAAUUUAAAAAAUGUACCAGUUUAUGCUUUACAGUUUUAAAAAAAUAAAUAAAAAACACAAAAAUACAACAUUUUGAAAACAUAAAAACUAAUAUAUUAUUUUGAAUAGACAAAUUAUUUAUUUUUAAUGAUCAUAAUCACUUAUUAAUUUCAUACUCAAGUCACCUACUAAAUUUGCAGCCCUAGUACUUAUUAAAAUAAAUAAAGUAAGAUAACUAUUAUUCUAUUUUUUAAAUUGAUUUAGAAUUACAUAAAUUAAUCUAAUUACUAUUAUCUAUGCAGUAAUUAUUUUACACAUGCAUCAAAUCUAAGCGCCGAAAAGCUACGUUUAGCAGGAACAAUAUCAAUAGGCAGAGAAGCGAUAAUAUUUAAUAAUUUUAACACAUUAAGGCAGUGAUAUUAAUGUUUUUUUUUAAAGGAAAUUCGUUUUCAUUCCUCGUUCCUAUUGUAAAAAAGGAACUUGUUCCUAUUCCUUGAUUCUUAAAAAAAAUAAUUCGUUCCUUAAGCGUUCCUAUAUGAAUACCUAAUGCAGUCCAUAUCAUUUUUUUUUAUGUUCUUAAUUUGAAAAUAUCACCGGUUUUGCUUUUGGACACCAAGUCGAAUGUAAAUAAAAAAUUGGUUGGAAGUGUCUCAUCUAUUAGAUUCAAAAAUUGAUAAGCGAAAAUUGUUCUCUCUAAAAGUAUUUUCGGACACAUUUCAAGGAAUAACAAAAGAAUUACAAUAUUUACGUUCCUAUUUCUAAAAAUAAGGAAUUCAUUCACGUUUCUAUUUCUUUAAAAAAAAUAAUGGAAGUUAUUCCUUCAUUCGUUACUAUAAAAAAAACCCCGCAUUCCUUUUAACAACACUGCAUUGAUGUAUAUAUGUCAAUAAAAUUUUCUAUUGAUAUUAACGUAUUUUCACAAAUUUCGACUUUGAUAAAAAACUGACGACUAAUAAAAGUUUGAAAAUCAAAAAGCGUUGCUAGACAUUAAAUAUAAAAAUUUCCAUAUAAAUAUUAUUUUUUAAAGCAACUGAACCAACCAUUUUUAGAGCUAAAUACUAAAAUUUUAAUAUUGACAAUAGAUUCGAUGUAGCCAUGUUUUGGUCAUAGGUGUAAUAAUUUUCGGACAAUAAUUACUACUAUAAUUACAAAAUUAACUAAUUGUUUGCACUUUUUUUUGCACCUUUGUAAAGUAUCGUUUUUGAAAACAAUUAUGAUUAAGAUCCAUUUUACAAAAUGAUAGACGAAUAAUAAAUUGCAUAGAUUUGUCCCCAUUAUAAACCUGUCUAUCUGUAUAAUCUAUCAACUAUGGUAUAAUUAGAGUGUGUGUUAUUAAUUUAGGCGGGAAUAAAUAAAAUAUCUGAUAAGUUAAAAUAUCUUGUAGUGGAAAGUCGGUUUAAAUAUCUCGAAUUUCUAGCUAAACCGAUGUAAACUAUAAAUGAACCGGGAAGGUUGAUAAUGAUACCGAUCAAUUUUUUUGAAUCAGUUGUUAAUAUAGGUUUGCGCAGGUGAAUUUCUUAGAAAUAUCUUUUCUGUUGGAAUUGAACGACGUAUUGAUUUUUUAAUUGGGACAUUGGUACCAGACAAUUAUUACCGUUAUUUAUGGUAUUAGUAUCAACUAAUAAUUAUUAACGUAUUUAGCCAAAUUAUAAUAAUGUAACGUCAACACACAUAUGUCCUUGCCCUGCAGUAUAUAAUGACAACAUAAUUAACUCACCAUCGUAAAAAUAAGUCACAUUUAUAGUUUAUAAAAUCAAUAUCCAUUAUCGAUAUCCGGCUCUAGUACAGAAAUAUCGAAACAUCCAAUAAAAGUAUCGCCCGUUUUAACGAUAGUAAAAAAUAAUAGAAUAUACAUUUUUUUUUAUUCUUUAAUAAAAAAAUAAUUUACAAAAAACCGGAAUACAAAUAAAAUAGAUUAAACAUUAAUUUUAAUUUUGUGUACCUAUCUACAAAAUAAGAACUUAUAUUAAAAAAAGUGGUUUACUAGUAAACCAUUUUUUGCUAUUUAUGGAAUUGGAAAAUACAUAGUAAAAUAGUAUUAUUUAGCUACCAACCAUUUAUGUAACCUAUACCCUAUACCAGCGGUUCCCAAACUUUUUUAAUUCAAGCCUCCCUAAUAAUAAUAAAAAAUUGUUCACGCCUCCCGCAAUGAAUGUUUAAUAAAAUAGGUUAACAAUUAUUUAAUAUUUAUUAGUUAACAGUAAACUUACUAUUUUAUUUUAUACAAAAUAAUUAAUUCGAACAAUGCGCUUGUUUUUCGUUUAUAUUAUUAUACCUAAAGCUUUGUUGCUGACAUCAGGAUAUUCGUCUUUAAUACUGUUCCGAAAUUCCAUAAGUGAAUAUGAAGAAAAUUGCAUUCGUAGUGAUGAAUCGGAUGGAUAAGAUAAGAUAAUAAUUGAUCUAAACAUAACUAUACGUGUACGAAAUUCAAACCGCGCGCUGCGCCUCCCUUGUUUAGUGCUCGCGCCUCCUUUGGGUGGCGCGCCGCACAGUUUGGGAACCGCUGCCCUAUACAUUAAAAGAUUAUGUUUUUCAACCCAAAAAUAUUAUUGUGAAAAUGAUUUAUUAUAGUUUUACGUGGAGAGAUAACUUCAAUAUAAAACACAUCGAAAAAAAUAAUAAUUCGGUGAAACGUUUGCGUGUGACUGUUUUUACUCGUAUACCUACCUAUUUAUUAUUAAAAAUAACAUUAAUAUUAAUUAUAAUUAAUUUAAAAAUCAUAUUAUGAAUAUUGAUACACACUAUGCAUGUAUACGCUGUAUUUGUAGUUAGUGGUUCGAUAUUCAUUGAAAUUCAAUUAAAGUAAAAUAUCAAAGUGAUCAAUAAGCACAAAUCUCGAAUAUACACGAAUAGGUUGUGUAAAUAGAGUUUUGUUCGAAAAUAUUAAAAACCGACGAAUAUGUACGAAUCACGGACAGUCAUCAUAAAUACGCGCAUAGUGUGUAGCCAACAGAAUAAUAAUAUUAUACAGAUACGAAAAUGUGUAACGAAUAAAUGUCGUAUGUAGAGUUAUGUUUAAUUUACAUAUGAAAAUCGUAUGGACGUUGUACGUUUUGUUUGUAACGUGCAUUAUUGUACCUAAUAUUUAUAAAAUGUUUAAUUAUAAUAUUAUAUAAUAAAAAUAAAUGUAUACAAACCAAAGCUUGUUUUGUUUUUGCGUGUUUUCACGGGCCAUUUAAUAGACCCCAUUAUUUUUGUAUUGCAUAAAUAUAUAGAGUGCAGGAUUAAUUUCAUACUAUAGGUACAGGAUUAACAGUCAUGGUAACGAACAGUGGCGGUUCGUGGGUUUUUAAUGAAGUAGCGCACACCCAAAAAAAAAAAAAAAUAUAACCAAUAUUAAACAUAAUAUAUUAUAAAUUUUAUUAAAUAAUUGUUUACAAACUUUAGUUAUUUACCAAUUACCUUUUAUUUUGUUUAUAUUUUUACCCGCAAUAAUAAUAGUAAAUACAUAAUAAUAAUAAAAAUAAAUAAUACUAAUACAAAUAAUGAUACAUAAUACAUUUACAAGUAAAAAUUCUAUAAUUAUUUGUAUUAAAUUAUUAUAUUUCAGGUACAUGUUUAUAUGUUAAAUCGAUUCUUCUAUCUUUUUUUUCUGCAAACCUGUUUAUUACUUCUUCGUUGAAGUUUGAAAUAUUGUUGAUCAUCCGUUUUUCGAUCGAUAACAUUGCUAGUGCUGUAAGUCGAUCUUCCGUCAUUGAAUUUCUCAAAAAUGUUUUAAUACGUUUCAAUGUAGAAAACGAUCUUUCGGCUUCAGCUGUAGUCAUUGGAACAGUUGAAAUUAUUUUUAAAAGUUUGUAGCUUUCAGAAAAUACCAGUGUUAAAUUAUUUUCAAUUAUAAAUUUCAAUAAAUGAACUGAUGAAUUCAUAUCACGAAAAUCGGUUCUUUUGUAGAACAGUUGUAGUUCAGUUUUAAGUUUAAUAACAUCCAAAAAAGGAUAUGCUUCAACGGUUUUACUAAAAUGGUCAUUUGGGAAGUUAUUUUCGUACAUAGGAAAUUUGGUGGAUAAAAAUAGGUGCGAAGCAUUUAAGUGGUUUUUUAUAAUCAAAACGUUCUUUAACGUUGACAAUAAAAAUAUCACAUACUUCUUUUGCAGCGAUUUUUCUUGUUUCAAUAGUAUCAUCUUGUCUUCGUUUUUUCGUUGGAUGAUUUUGAGAGGUUUCAACGAUGUUAUCAAUAUUCUGUCUUUCUUUUAAUAUAUUUUCUUCGAACCGAAAAAUUGCCUUUGAAAGUUCUACAGGAUCCAUAGUUUGUUUUUGUAGUUGAUUAUAUAAAAUAUCAACAUGAGGCAUUAAAGAAUGAAACACUCUUAACCAAAAUAUAAAUUUAUCAUCAUUUAACAUCCGAUUCAAAGCUCCAGCUUGAUUAAUUGCUAUGGUUUGAUUAAAUGUUGAUUCAAUUUCUUUCAUACAUUCAAUUAACGGCUCAAGAUUCUCAUACACAGUAUUUACUAUUCGACUUUUAAAAUUCCAUCUAGUAUUAGAUGAUCGAGGAACUCUGUAUUUAACAAUUUUAUCUAAAACCGUAACCCGCUGUGGACUGUUUGAAAAACAAUUUUUUAUAUCAGUUAAGUUUGAAAAAAAUAUCCUUAUCUCACGAUUUUGUGAAGUUGCUUGAAUUAAAAUUAAAUUAAGCUGAUGAGCAUAGCAAUGUAUGAAAUGUGCAUUUUUAUAACUAUUAUUUAUUAUUUUUUGUACACCAUUGAGACGUCCACUCAUCACAUUUGCGCCAUCGUAACUCUGACAAAUCAACAUAUUUGGUGAUUCUAGGACUUUUUCCAAGUUGAAUAUUAUACAUUCAGACAACGAUUUCGCAUCGUGUCCAGUAGGAUUGAAAAAUCCCCAAAACCUUUCUACUGGUGUUCCAUCCGAUAGUAAAUAUCUAAAUAUUAUUGACAAUUGAAACUGAACAGAUACGUCAGUUGUUUCAUUAGCCAUUACAGAAAUAUAUUCUGCUUGUUUUAUUUAAUUUUUAAUUGUUUGUUGACAUACAGCUAAACAAUAUUCUAGUAAAUCAUUUUGGAUUGAUUUGGAUAAACCUUUAAAUACCGAAGAGUUCUCAAUAUGACAUUUUAGUACCGAAUCUAACUCUGAACUAAAGUUUAUAAGACCUCGAAAUACGCCGGGAUUUUCUGAAUUUGAUUUUUCAUCGUGACCUCUGAGUGCAAGUUCAAAUGCUCCACAAAAUUUAAUACAAUUUAUUAUUAUAUUCAAUAUAUAACGAUUAUGACUUAUUUUUUCAUUGUAUUGUUUGAUAUUUAACCGAUACGCACUAGAAAGUUGUUGUCUUAUGUCUUGUUUUCCUAAUAGUUUUAAAUUUAAUUGAGAAUUUAUGUGUGCAUUGAUUUUUCGUGUGUUUUGAUUUUAGAAGUUAAAUUAAUUAAAUCGUUUAUUCCAUUCUUUACCCAAGCGACAUCAUUAAAUUUUUGACCAAAAAGUAAACAGGGAAAACAAUACAAACGAUUAGUUUCUGAACAACCACAAAUCCAGUCAUAGGUUUUAUAUAUAUUAUUAUUAAAUUUUCUUACAUAUUUUCUCGUUUUACAUUUAGUAAUUUGUUUAAUAUUUAAGUCUGGAGUAGGCCUACCUUUAUUUUUUAUUUCCAUCUUUUUCUCCAACGAGAUUGUUGAAAAAUUGCAUUGCAGUAUCUGAAUUGAAUUCAUUUUAAAAAUUGAAAACAAAUACACGAAAUGUGCACAACUCCCACCAUUAUAAUACACACCAAUACUGUUCCGUCGCGGACAACAGUCCCCGGCUGUUUGGCAAUCGAAAUAACGCAAACCAAAUAUAUUAUUUUCAUAAUAUUCUGAAUUUAUAUUUUUAUAUUUUGAAAAAUACUUUUAAUAAUACUACAGGUACUUAGUAGUUAGUUGUAUUAUUAUGAUUUAUGUUUUCAAUUUUUCUUGAGUUUGGGUAGGUAGUGCACGUGCACUUGUGCACAUAUAAACGAGCCGCCACUGGUAACGAAUUUUAAACAUUUUUCUCUGUGGGGGGAGGGAGAUCCUGACAAUUAUAAGUAGAUAUUCCAAAAUUAUUUAAUAUAAUUAUAUUUUAAUAAAAUAAAAAGUGUCAACUGCAUUUUAGAUUCUGAGUGGAGUGAAGAUUAUGGUUUUACAAAAAUGUUUAUUUUUUUUUUCUGUGGACAACUUUUCUAUCAGAGGACUUGCUCCGAUUUUUACAUGUAGACACUUUUCUGAAAGGAAAUUGGUGUGAGGAGGUACCUUAAAAAGGGUCAUUUCUCGAUUUUCUUAAGAUUUUUCUCAUAAAAUGCGAAAAAUCAAAAAAAAACCCGGCAAAAUGUAUGAAAUAUAUUUGUAUAAUAUUAUGAUUUUUUUUCUUACUAACAAUUUAGUUCCAACUUUUAAUGAAAGCGAUUUUUUUAAAAGGAAAUUUCACUGGGGAGAUACUUUAAAGAAGUAGUUUUCCGAUUUUCUUUGGAAUUUUCUCAACAAAUGUGAAAACCGAAAAAAUAGAAAAAUGUAAGAAAUGUAGGUAUUAAUUAAAAAUAAACGGCCUUUUUUUUCCUGUGGACAACUUUUCCACCAGCAAUUUUGGCGCCAACUAUUAAUGAUAGCAAAGUUUCUAAAAGAAAAUUUCACUUGGGAGGUACUUUAGGGAGGUCAUUUUUAAUUUUCCCAAGUUUUCCAGGAAAAUGUGUAAAACCAGGAUAAACAUGGGAAAACUGGGAGAAACUGGGAAAAUCGGUACAACAUUAAACAAAUAUUAUUAAAAAAUAUAUAUAAGGCCUAUUUAAAUGUUUUACUAUAAAAUGAUAUAUAUUGUUGACAAAGUAUUAACUGAACUCUAUGAACUGAAAUACUUAUUCUUAAUAUUGUAUUCGACUCCCAUAUUUAGUGGCGUGUCCAGGAAUUAUCAAUAGGAGAGGAUGUAACAAAUAAGAAUCAUUAAUAAAUAAUACAUUAUUCUUCUUUACCCAAUUGACUGUGGUAAUUUAAAAGCCGGAUCCUAAAAAGGCUCAAUUUUUAAUCCAUAUGUCAAGUUUUGCCUCAUUACUUGAAAUAUAUCAUAUUCAUUUCGAAAUUAGAUUACUUAUAUUUUGUUUGUAUUUUAAGCCAAUGGGGGGAUAUAACCCCUAACCUUCUUCUCCUGGGCACGCCAAUUUUAGAGUAAAUUAUUAAGUAUUUUAAUUUAAAUAAAAUAACACUUAUUUUUGAUUGCGAUUUAGAUUAACGUUAUUUUAUUAAAAUAAAAUGUCAAUGAAAUUAACUAUAUGGUAUUACACUGAAGUUGAAUAUGAACAUUCAAAAACCAAAUUGUAAAUCUCAAUUCAACGUCUAAAUUUGUAUGUGCAUAUAUAUAUAGCCUUGAUAUUUGCAUUCCAGUUAUCAGUUAAUAAUACACGUGAUAAAGCUUAGUUUGUUCACUUAUAUGAUAUUAACAGUGGAAUUCUCAAUAUUUUCGAAAAAUGAAAAUGUUUCAAUAAUAAUAUUUUUUGAAUACAUUUUAGAGAUAUUAAAAUCCACGUGUCUCCUAUUUGCAUAGACAAAAAUGUUCAUUAAAAAUUAUUGAUUUACAGAAUAAUAAUAAUAUAAUUAUAACUGGUUUUAUAAUAAUUAUUAUCGUAAGAAAAUUAUAAAUGUUAGUAUUGUACAAUUGUUUCGUGCGAGAUUAAAUUUUCCCGCGGGUUGGUAUAACUAUUUAAUUCGAUAGGUUAGGGUAGGCGAGGUAAGGUGACGUUGAUCCUAUGAAGUAUAACACGAACGAGUGGGAGGAGGGAAAGGACGUUAAAGAAAACAAAUGCGAUCCGGCUCAGGGGGGCGGAGGCGAGUUUACAAUUUCCUCUGCGGAGAUUAAAAAGUGGUUUUCAGUUAGGCGGAGUUAGCGCGCGGUGGUCCACCGACGCAAUGUGCCAAUGCACGUGAACGGCGGUGGUGGCGGUAGAGGUGCUGUGUCCGGGGAUGGGUGGCCGACAAGGAGGAGAGUUUUCGCCGCAGCUCUAAUUAGCUCCACAGAUUAAAGUAAUGUCGGGGGAGCUAUUAGAGACAUUUAGCUGUUAAUUAAAACUGUUUUCCGGCCCGUCCAAACGUGUGUGGCGGUGGGCCGAGGGGAAAAACGGGCGUAAAAACUCGUGAUUAAUGAUCGACGAGAGAGGAAUAAAACCGUAUCAUCCACCGCCACCACGCCGACUGGCCGUUUUGAUGAAAACUACGGCGGCGGCGGUAUCAUUUGCUCUUCGCAUCUUCGUUUUCACCCUCACGCUGCUGCUGUGUUACUUACUGCAACACUGCGUUUGCAUAAUAAUAUAGUUAAACAGUUUACACACCGCUCUCUAAUUGAAUUAUUUACCCGGAAAAUAUCGUAUUAUAAUAUAACAUCGUACGUUAUGACUUAUGAUAUUAAAAUAUUUGAAUAUCGUCGUUAGUUUUUGCAUAUAUUUACUAUAUGGGUAACUCGUAUCUCUAACUACACAAGUAUUAUCCACAUAUAAGUCGGAAAAUACGUGAAAUGCAGUGAUUUUCACAGAACAGUAUACUCGACCAUAGGAACCGACUGUUUAUAAUCAAAUUGGUACUAAAAAUAAAAAAUUAGAAUACAUGAAGUUGGUAGAUUUUUUAGGGAGCACUGUAGCGCUAAAUAUUAUAGUAGGUUGCCUAUAUAAACCCUUUAAUUUUAAUUUUUAAUUUUGAGGCACUGACAUUAUUAUAGUGAUACAUCUAAUACAUCUCUCUCUUCUAUUUAAUAUAAUAAACCUAUAUAAGAGCAAAAAUGGAAAUUUUUGUUACAGGUUGGCUCCGAAACUACUCAUCCAAUCGUCAUAAGGUUUUUUCAGAUCUUUGAAAGUUCAUUUAAAAUAUGAACUAGUUCAUAAUCAAAAAAGUGAACUAGGUUUAUAAUUUCGUUCAUUUUUCAUGAAUACAUUUUGAACUUUUUUCGUUAAUUUAUAAAUUCAUUGAAAAUUAAAUUUUAACAAAUGAAAAUUAUACAUAUGCAUUUUUCAAUACGAUUUUAUUUCGAUAAUAUUAAAAAAAAGUUUUUAGGUUUAAUUUUAUUUUAAAAGAACCAGGUAUGAAUUCCCUCCAGAAUUUAUAAAUUUAUGAAUUUGAGCCAGAUACAAAGCUUUACUAUAAACUUGUAGUAAAGACCUUGUCAAGGACAUUUAUAUUUACUUUAAAUCAAGUUUGUAAAAGAGUAAGGCAAUUCAAACAGUUUCAAGACUUUUUCAAUAUAUCUCCUCACAAGAUUUUAAGACCAGCACAUUAACUUUCAUUUAACAUUAUUUAACUUUCAUUAUUUUAAAUUUUGAUGGCUUAUGUUUUCUAACAUAAAUAUUGCUCCAAUAGAAAACAACAAGGGACCUUUAUUGUUACAUUUUUAAUCUUUAGUUGACGAGUAAGAAAGUCACUUUUUGAUUUUCUUUAAAGUUUCUUUAAAAAUUGAGCAAAACCGAAAAAUACGGGAAUAUUUGCGAACAUUAUUUUUUUAUUAUUUAAAAUUUCAUUUUUUUUUUAAUGUAAUUCUUGAAUUACAAUAAAUAAUUGAAAAUAUUCGUAGAGACUAGAAAAAUGUACAGACAAUUUAUGUUUGCUUUUUCUAGAUGUGGUAAAAUUAUAAAAAAAAUUGAGAUAAUUUUGAGCUAUUAAUAGGCAUUCUAAUUUUGCAAGGUUUUUUUUACAUAAUUUUGAUGUGUUGGGUUUUCUAUGGAUAAAAUUGUUAGAUUAAACAGAAAUACUUGAAAAUUUGACAGGAAAUCCAUUAAAAAUCGUACUUUGUAGUAAAAAAAUAAGCAAAAACAACAAUGCCUGGAGUAUUAUUUAACAUUUAGGUCGCUAAUAAUUAAUAUUACGAUGUAAUACUUAAACGCAACUUAAAUAAUACUCAUUUUUAUAUUUUUUUAUUACAUUUAUUUAUUGUUUGACUUGUGUUUUUUUCUAUAUAUUAUAUAUACUUGUAUAAUGAUAUCUAUAGACUGUUGUGUAUGUAUACUUAUAUUAUUUAUUUUUUCAUUAAGCAUUAAUACUUUAGCAAAACAUUUUUUAUUUAUUAUUUUGUAUUAUAUAAAAAGCCUAGGAACAGCUUUAGCAAUAAUAUGGAGGAUACACUGAAUUUUCCUGAUGCUUUAAAUAAUUAUUCUGACAAUUUAAAUAAUUCUCUUAGUAUUUCAAAUGAUGUAUCUAGUGCUUUGAAUCAUGCUAAUAAUAUUGUUACUGCUGUAAGUAUUAUUUAAACCUACAUAAUUUCAAAAUAAAAUAACAACAAAUUGUUAUUAUAUAUACAUUUUUAACUAACUUUUGAACAAAAUUUUAAUUUUACAGCUUAACACAUUAAUCAUGUCUUUUUUGGAAGGAUAUAAUUCUCUAAUUGAAGACUUGCAAUCCUUGCAUGAUUUAAUGAAAGAGUGUAAUUCAGAAUGCAUGUAUAAAACUUUAAUUGGUAAUAAUAUAUUAUUAUCAAUUAAUGUAAUAGUACAUAUAAUACACCAUUAUUCUAUACUGUACUAAAUUACACUUAACAAUUUAAAAACAAAUAUAUGCUUCUUUUAGUUAUUUAUUUAUUAUAGAUGAGUUAAUUGAUUUGAAAACUUUAUCAAAUUAUGAAAGUAGACUAUACAAAUAAAUUACUAAAAAAUUACCCACUAGGUAUUCAAAUAUUAUUAUCUUAUCGUUUAGAAAAAUGGCAAAAAAUCAACAUAGAUUUCCUUCAACUUUACUGAAUUCACAAACUUUAAACAAAAAAAAUAUUUCUGCAAAAUCUUUAGCAACUAUUAUUGAUAUAAAUAUUGGAGAAAUUUUCAAUCAGUCUCCUACUGGAUUGAUAUACAAUGAUAUACCUAUAUCAUAAAACAUCAAUCCUAAAUCAUAAAUGUAAAUUUAAUAACAGUAUUAGAACGUUAUUAGGAGAUCCAUAAUAAGUUACAUCAUAACUAAGAAAACAUCCAUGUCUGUUAGUCUAACCGAUACUAUUGCAAAUCAGAUUGUUAAUAUGUUCCCAACUGAAGUAAAAGUUAGUAUAUUUAUUAAUUAUUAUAAUUGUUCUAUUUAGUAUAUAUAUAUAUAUAUAUAUAUAUGCUAUCACUUUUUAGGAUACAAAUAAAAAUCCAAAGGGGAAGCUGUAUGCAAAAUAUCACAACAGUAUGAGAACUCUGAUAACUAGUUGUUUAAUACCAAUGAAUACUCAUUCAAAAUUACCAGAUAAAAAUCGUAAUUACCAAUAUGAUUUGCAUUUUGGUAUAAUAUUAAACUCUCAUAAUAAUUUUUAUGUUUUUGAUUUUUAGAUGAAAUUAAAAAUAUUGUUCAACUGUAAAAGUUAAAAAUAAUGUAGGUUAUACUUAUCAGUAACAUAUUUACAAUUGCAUUUAGGGGGUAUUUCAAAAUUACAAACUUCUUUUCCUAAUAUUUUAUAUAUAGAUCAUACCAAUAUAUUGAAAAAACAUUGAUAAGAAGGUAUCUAUACCUAAAGCCCACAAGUAUUCACAUCAUAGAUACUAUUUUCAUUUUUAUUAUAUUAGUAUCCUACUUUAUGUUACAGAACCAGAAAAUGAUGUAGAGUAUAUUGUUGAACAAAUCAAACAUAAUAAAAACUGUCCAUUCCCUGAAAUAGAAAAAAACUGGAAAUCAACUACAAAGUUCCAUUUAAACGACAUUCAAACUUCAACGUCUAUAGAUUAUAUUAUUAGUAACUGGAGCAAAUAUAAAUUAACUAAAUAGGGAACAAAGUUAAAGAAUAUUCAAGCAGAUAAUUAUUUAAUUGGGAACUGAAAAUAUAAGUCAAAGUACGUACACAAAAUGUAUUUAUUAUUAGAGAAAAAUCAAGAAUGAUGAUGAUUAUAUUUUGUUAAAUUUGUUUAUUAUUAAUUUUACAGUACAUAUAAUUAUUUUAUAAAAAUAUCACCAUAUAUUUUGCAUCAAACUGGUUCAAGUAUAAUAUUUUUCUAUGUGUAUAAACAUUUUUAAAUUUUUAGAUGGAAAGAACACAAUUAUAUUUUACUUAUUAUAUGCUAUUUUUAUACCAACAUCAAAGAAAAUUAUCAAAGAUCACUCCGAAAGAAGCAAUCAAAUCAAAUUUUCUAUAAAAGACUCACAGAAUAGUUUUAUAAUAUUUAAGAAUACGGUUUUUAAAAUAGAAGAAUAAACUAACAAACGUUAUAGUGAAAAUUCUCCAAUAUCGUUCUCCAUCGUAUUCGCCAAUAUGGUUUUCGAUUUACCGAGUAUUCGAAUAAUCGUGGGAAAAAAAAUAAUUCGAAUAAAAUAAAGGUGAAAAAUUGUAUGUACCACAUUUAUUUUGAUAUUUAUUUAUUAUACAUAUUAUUAUAUUUUACGUUUAUUAAUUGUUAUUUAUUUACUUAACAAAAUUAAAUUGAAAUAUUAUAUUUUAUAUCUUAAAAAAAUCAGUUUUUUUUUUAGCGAUAAAUUUUUGGCCACAAUCUGGUCCAUAGUGUUAUCUAACUGAUUGAUAGCAAUGCAAAUUGUAUUGCUUUUUUUUCCGUCCAUUUCAGACUGCCCAAAAAAUGUAUGCAAUCCUGACAUAAAAAAUGUUGCUUCUUUCAACGAUAUAACAGGAACAAAUUCUUCAAAUUAUACACUAACUUCAAGUCUAUUCCAUGAGUUAAGCAGACUUUAACUUCCUCACCUUGAUUAGAACCUUUACCAAUUGUCUGUUCGUCCUUAAUAUAACCACAAGUUCUGAAGCAAUUCGCGAUAGUUUUUGCACUAAUAUUUUCCCAUGCUUUGUGCAUCAUUUCCAUUAGAUUAGGGUACACACAUUUUCUCUGUCUGAUUUCCAAUGAGUAACGUGUUAAUUGUGUAAGAUGGUAUUUUUGUUUGAGUAUAGUUAUAACCUAACCGCUAUACAUUUAUAUAUUUUCUUCGAAUUAUAGAGGUUUCGCUUUAUGUAGUUUUUCGAAUUAUCGCAGUUCGAAUUAUCGAGUGACUACUGUAUUUAAUUUAUUUAACUUAAAAGUACCCACAAGAAUCAGUUUUUGUAUGAUUGUUCAUUUAAAAUUUUUUUUUCUACCAACACUAAAUUUAAUAUUCCAUGUGUCACAAUUGGACAAAUAAUAUCCGAUUUAUCCCUUUGAUUCCCAAAUUUUUACUUUUUAAUUUAUUUUGUUUUUAUUGAUAUUCAUUGCAUUAAAUUACAUUCCAUAGUAACUAAAGAACGGGUUUAAUUGAUAUUGUAACUUCUUUGUGGUAAAGAUAAAUCAAAUCUGAUUAAAUAUAGCUGAUAUAUACUAGAUAAAAAAUCGAAAGUGUUUAAAAUAUAUUGGAAACUUUUCAAGGUUUGAUCCGACAACAAUUUAUCGAAUAGUACUGAGUAUUCCGAUACUUUUAGGACGUUCGGAACUAUAAAUAGCGUUUGGGUAACACAUUAAUAUUCACUAUCCACGAAAUAGAUUUGUCAUCAUUUAUUACAUAAGUACCUUUUAUACCUUUGUUAAUUAUUGAAUUUGUUUAACAAUUUUAAUUUAUAUAUAGUAAUAAUUUUGUUCUUUUUAAUAUUAGUAAUUUAGAAUAUUUGAAUACAGUGGUUUCUUUUACGACAAUAAUGGAACUAAAAACGGGAUCACGUAAAUACUUAAUUAAUAAUAUUUACAUUAUAAUCAAAUUAAAUAAUAAAAAACGAUUAAUAAAUAAAUCAUUAUUGUAUAAUUGCACUAAAAAUUGUAUCAUUAUUCUAUUGUAUUACCUUUACUAUUUUAGGAAAAAAUUUUUUAAUUUUCAAUUUGUUUUUUAAUAAUGCAUUAUUUUAAUUAGUUCAAAAUAAUUUUUUCAUAUGUAAUAUCAAGAUCAGUAAUUCCGAAAAAAAAAAAAUAAUAAUAAUAAUAAUAAUAAUUGUUAUGUAAAACGCAUCAGUAAACCUGUGUUUUGUUUUGAUUUUGAAAAUGAUAUGACUGAACACAUAGAAAAUUUGGCUAAACUGUUUUAUGGAAUUACUCCAUAUGCUGCUUAUAAUUUUGUAGAAGAAAACAUAAUUCUACACAGUUUUAAUAAUAGUCUUAAACUUGCGGGUCUUAACUGGUUUUAUAAUUUUGCUAGACGUAAUCCAUCAAUAACUAUUAGAAAAUUAGAAGCAACCAGUAUUAGCCGUAUAACAGUUUUUAACAAAACUGAAGUUUCACUAUUUUUUUAAAAUCUCGAGAUGGUAAUAGAAAAGUAUUCAUUUGCUACUUCAAAUAUUUAAAAUAUGGUUAAUCUGUUCUUUUAAAAUAUAUGAAUCGAUACAAGGUUGUACUUCUUUAAACCGAAAUAUAUUAUAGCAAGUUAAUGUAAUAUGACCUGUACCAGUAUGGUAAGGUUAUCGUUUCGUCUUUUGGGUUGUUUGAAUAAUAAAAGUUGUCACAUACUAUAACUCGUUUUGCAUUCAUAUAUAAUUAACUUAGCAAUAUAUCGAAUUAAUCUUCGUUAAAAAAAUAUUGCCAUUUGAUUAAAUCCAAAUGAAUUGAUUGUUUACUUGAAAUACACUCGAGUAAAAUAACAACCGAAAUUCGUCUAUCAAUUAAAAAACCAAAGGUUGAAUUUUUUUAUUGAAAGUAUGAAUACUGAAAACCGACUUGAUUGCUAUUGCAGUUGUCAUAAUUUCAUUGAAAACAAUUUUUAAUCUUAACUAAAAUGAUUAAAAAUAAUUUAAAUAAUUUAAAAAAAAUAUUUGAUCAUGUUUAACCUGUGUAAGGUGUAUAUUAAAAAUUAGUUGAGUGGUGACAACACUGCGGUUAAACUAUUAUAGUACAUUACAUUAAAAUUAUUAUUUUUAAAUACUUACCUUGAAAUUUAACCAAACCAUGCUGUAUAGAAAUAAUUAUUUUAUAUGCUUAAUGAUUAUAUAUAUUAUGAACCCCCUCUUUAAAUAUUAUAUUCAAUAAACCUGUAAUAUCGAGUUUUGAAAACCUUACACCUUAACAUAUUAAGUCACUACACUACAAGAAAUAAAAACAACGUAAAUAUUAAUUUAAGUAGUAUUGUAUAUAUAUAUAUAUAUAUAUAUAUACAUAAUGAUAAAAAUAAUAUAUAUAUAUAUACUCAGUAAAUUUACUAUUAAAUUUGUAUUAAGUAAUAACCACGGUUAUCUACUUCGGUUAACUAAUAACAAUGCAUCAAGAAAUUUGUAUUAAGUUUUCAUAUAUUUUUAUCGUAAAAAAUAUUUUAUUGACAAUAAUCGAAAAAAAUGAAGAAAUCCGUAAAUAUAAAAAUUACAUUAAAUAUUUUGGAAUUCAUAUUAUAUUAAGAAAAUAGCAACAGCGACCCAUGCCGUCGUUGACGACCACUUGUACCUACUCGCAUGCACAAUAUAAUGCUAUAUAAUGAGCGGUGAAUGGUGGUGCGGAAAUCACUCACGCUAAUAAUCAAAGUAGUAUUUUUAAACAAUAAAUUUAUAACGCUGUCCAUGUGCACUUUAAAGCUAAAUUUAAAUGCUAUUUGAGAGGAUUUUUUUUUUAGAUUCUGUUUUUAAUUAACGGUUAACAAAAAUAGCGAAAUUACAUUAAUACAAGCAACGUCAGACAAUCUAUUUAAUAUUUACUGCAAUGACACUUUAGUUUAUAAUGUGUAACAUAAAAAGUAAAACCGUUUAUUUCGGUUUGUAUUAUUACUAUUAUUUUUUUUUUUCUAAACGAUUAAUGCAAAGUACCCUGCCUUAAAUAAAUUUAAUAACGGGAAAUGUAAUUUCCUGCGUAUGUUUAUCGGCCUGUAACGCCGAGAUUAAGAUGGUCCUACUUUUUAUACGUUAUGGUUCUAUGGCACAAUACAAUACUAUUACAUUUUAUAUUUUUAUAUAUGACGACUCAUUAAACCAUUUAUGGUUUUUGUUGUGGUUUACUUUUUAGUAACCAUCAUUAGGUGAGUUUUCGUUCACACAUUCGCGUAUUUUUAAUAACCGAAAUACAUGCAAUUUUAAAUUCUGAGUGGAACGAGGAAUGUAUUAUUGAUUUUACAAUAAUGUCUUUUUUUUAUCUAUGCACAAUUUUUCUACCAGAAAUUUUGCUCCGAUUUUCAAGUAUAAUAUUUUUUGUAAAAGGAAAUCUGACUGAGGUUGUACUUAAUUGAAGUUUCUCCAGCCGUUUUCAUAUAAAUGGGAAAAACUGGAAAAAAACUUAGGGAAACCGGGACACAAUGUUUUAGUUUUGAAGUGUAGAAGAAUGUAGUGUGGAAAAUUGAAAUUUCGACAGAAAACUUAUAACUGCCUCUUCUAGAUGUAGUAAAAUUUUCGAAAGUUUUGAACCAUUUUUAAGCUUUUUAUAAAAUUUAGUUAAAAAUAUUCGUAUAGACUCUAUGAACUUAAAAUUUGGACGGAACAUUUAUAUUUUACUUUCCUAGAAAUGGUAAAAUUUUUAAAAAAUGUAAACCAUUUUUGAGCUAUUUAUAAAAAUUUUAAUUUUUCGAGUUUCGUACGUAAUUUUUAUUCGGUCGGUACUCUGUGGUAAAAUUGUUAGACUUAACAGAAAUGUUAAAAAAAUUGAGUUUGAAGUAGUAUUUUUUUUUUUAUAGUGGAAUUUUAAUAUUAAAAUUUAAUAAGAAAAUCGUAUUUAAUCGUAUUUUUUCCCUAUAAUAAUUUAUAAGGAAAUUUAAUCUCCAUGGUAAAUUAACGAGGUUAUUUUUCGAAUUUUCUAGGAGUGAGUUUUUUUAACAAAUGUGAAAAACCAGGAAAAACGCAAGAAAAACAGGAAAAUUGGUACAAUAAUAAACAUAUAUUAUUAAAGAAAAAAUAUAAUGUCUAUUUAAUUAUUUUACCAUAAUAUGAAGAUUAUAAGUGAAUUUGACUUCUGUUUUUUCUAAUCAUUAUGGAAUUGUUUAAGCUUUAUUUUAAAACAUUUUUAAUUUUUUACCCCUAUUUCAUAUACCAUAAAUAAGUACAUAGUUUUGAUUUUUAAAUAGGAAACCCUCUCCAUUUCGAACGCAGAAUAGAAUAGAGAUUUAUUUUUAAAAAUGUUGAUACAUAACAUUAAUGUAUUAUAAAUUAUAUAAUUUAUAAUUUAAAAUAAUGCUAUUAAACGAUUCCAUCAGAAAAUACAGAAAUAAAAUAAAUUUUAAUUAAUGUAUACCUGUAACCUUAGAUCAUAUACUAUGAUUGGAGCCAUAGCUUAUCUUGCCUGUAUAAACAAUUUGAAGCAUACAUUAGCGACGAGUCUCUCAUUGAGAUGCGUUAUUUGUACAUGCGCGAAUAUACUCAUCACAUAUUUAUUUUAUAAAUAAACGCGAUAUUUAGUAUUCAAAUAAAAUAUAAUAUAGUUGUUUAUUUUAUUUAUUUGUAAUUUAAAAAUGAAAACAAUUUUAAUGUAAAUCACCCAAAAAUGUAAUUAAAAAGCAAAAACUUAGUUUAUGAUAAAAAAAAUAGGUAAAAAUUUAAAUAAUAUAUAUUCAUAAUUAUAAAUAUUAUAUUAUCUAUGUAAAAACCGUGAUAAUACACAAGAUAUCGAGAAUUUUCACCACCUAAUAAUAACAGCAUCAAAAUAUCAAAUUGUUCAAGCAAUAGGUACCUAUUGACACAUACUAGACAGGUAGGUACCUAUAUUAUAUUAUUCAUGAAUAAUAUCAUAUAUAAAUAUUUUAUACUAUUAUAUUAUGUAUUUACUUAUAUUAAUACAUAUAGCAUGAUUUAUCUUAAAACAUGUAUCAUUUUAAUUACAUUGUAAAAAUUGAAAAAAAAUAGAAAAUGUCCAUAAUUUUAGUAAUUUUCCUAUUAAAAUACAUAAAAAACAUACAAUUUCUGGUCUUCCAUCGGGUAGACAGCAAACCUGACGUCAAUUUCAACUACAGUAAUGUUUUCAAUCAACUGAUGAGCCAAGUUUUUACACUUUAAAUCCACCUUGGCGACGAGUAUACUCGCGCAUGCAGAGAUAAUGUUUCUCAACAAGAGACUCGUCUUUUAUAUAUACACCAAAUAUCGAGACAUGGCUCCAUUCAGAGAAGGUAUAUGAUACCAAAUAAAAAUUACGUAAAAACUCACAAAAUUAAAAUGUCUAUAAAUAGUUCAAAAAUUAGUUAAAUUGCCACGUCUAGAAAAAUUAAAUAUAAGUUUUCUGUCAAUUUUAGUCUAUAUGAAUAUUUUAUACUUAAUUGUAUUAAACAAAUACAUUUUAAAAUAGUAAAAGAAUUAUUUUCGUAAAUUUUCCCGUUCUUUCUGUAUUUUUCUUCGAUUUUGCUCGAUUAUAAAAAAAAAACCUACAAAGAAAAUCAAAAUACAAAUAACUUACUUAUGAACUAGAUUAAAAAUGCAACAAAAGAGGUCUCUUGUUGUUUAUACAUUGUAGCAAUAUUUAUGGUAGAAAACAUAACCCGUAAAAUAUUAAAAUAAUAAAAUCGUUGUGUCAUAAUUAAAAAAAAAAAUAUUUUGUCUUUUUUGGUUUUUCCUAAUUAUUAUGAAAAAUGCUAUAGAUAUUAAAAAAUGAUUUUCCCAGUCAGUGUUUAUGUGUUAAAAGAAACAAAAUCGAAUUUUUGUCAUUUUUUAGUUAUAGUAAUUUUAUUGGUAGAAAGCUAUAACACAAUGAUAAUAAUAAAAAGUUUUCCCCCUAUUAUUUGGAAAACCUCUUGGAAAUUAAAAAAUUACCUCCUCAAUGUACCAACUAGAGAAAAUUACCUUUCAGAAAAGGUUGAAUAGUCUAUAUUUUAGAUCUAAUUUUUUGGUAAAAAAGUUGUUCACAGACACAGAAAUAAAAAUAAAUAUACAAAAUAUAAAAAUACACAUCAUAUAACAAAUAGAUCCCUCGCUACGUUCCUAAUCUAAAAAUAAAUAAAUAAACCAUCAAAAAGAAACGAUGUUAUCAAUCGAUAGUUGAAAUACAUAUGAUAAAUAUUGACGAUCAUUACUUUCUAUGAAUCAUUUUAACGUGUUUAAUAUUUUUAAUGGGAAUUAGGGUAGGUAAAAAUGUUGUGAAGUAGUAAAUUUGUCGGGGAAAGAAUAGGAGUGGUUAUCUACAGUUAAAACGGGAUGCGAAACGGCCAGGAUAAAAAAAAAACUUGUCGGGAAAUGGUUGAAGAAAUUAUUUCGGUUAAUAAACUGUCUAUUUUUAUAAUUUUUCGACCGUUAAAAAUAUACCAAACAACACUGAAGGUGAGGACGAUUGAGCUUGAAUCGAGGCUUUCUUCGAGCUCCACAUUUCAUACACUGAAACUGACUAUCUUUUUUGACACCCGUAAAAAACAGGAACUACGCACAUAAAAAACUGACCUUUGGUCCAAUAGUCUGUAAAAAUAAGAAAUGUCCAAAGCUUCUGAGACAUUUCAUAAGAUAGUUGUUAAGUUCCCAAUCCUAACCGUAUGAAGUAAGGUUUUAUCGUACAUUGAAUUACUGUAUAAUUUUGAUAUCAAAAUUGAUCCUUAAGAUAUUUUGUAUCCUAGCCGAUGUAUGUAAUAUGUAAUAGUGUAAGUACUCCCAGUUUAAAUGCAUUGUACCUAAUGAUCUAUGAACAACUAAUAAAACACCAUUGAGUGCAUCGUCAUUUAAAAUUAAUUAUGAAAAUAAUAAUAAUAAUAUGUAAUAUAAGUACGAACAUGCGAUCUAUCAAUCGUGUUUCUUUUGGGAAAAAAAACUGUUAUUCAUUUUUAUUUUUUUUAACAUUUAGCAUUAUUUUAGAUUUUUAUUUUGAAGUGGAACUGCCAUAAAAUAAUUAUUAUAAUAUUUGUUACUUGUAUGAUAAUAAUUAUUCGGUGUCUGAUCAUAUUUUGAGUUUUUUUUAUUCGUAUGUAUGAGAUAUAAACAUAAAAAAUACUUUAUGAAAAAUGAUUAUACCAUUAUUAUGAACGCAAAUUAAACAACAAACGAUACUACGCAUGUGUAGGUUGCGUCUAACGUAAUUGUGUUGUUUUCCGUUACAGACUAUGAUCACAAUACGAGUUAUUACGAUACUAUAACAAUAUAAAAAGAACUCGAAGAAAUUGCUUGGUCCAAAAAUAUUUUCUCCUUUUGACAGUUGCCAUUCGUUAACCGAAUAGAGAACAAGUUGUUCAGCACCGUAUAAAAUAUUGUGAAUUAACAGAAAGACUUUUCACAAAAUAAUAUUAGAAUUGCAUUUAAGACGAACGUGAAAAGUCGUUUAAGUAUUGUAAUCGAUCUGUGAUAAGAAACUACUAUUCGUUUCUAUUUUUUUUUUUUUUGUAAUAAUAAGAGAGCAUCGAAUCGUACGUAGAGUAUUAUUAAGAUGAAAUCCUCAUCCGCUAACGCUAACGCGACGUCAACAAAGACCGUUAUAAUAUUAUUUAUCGUAUUUACGACGAUGAUAAAAUAUUCUUCAGGAUUGGAUUAUUCGAAAAUACAGGUAAUUUUUAUGUAUUAUAUUUUUAUAUUAUAAGUGUAAUUAAAAAAACUAUUUAAUUUAGUACUAUAGGAUGAGUGUUUUUCUGGGGUAUAAUUUUUUCGAUUAAGUUGUACAAAUUUUGAAGGAUUUUUAUCUCUCUAAAGUAUCUCCCCCGUCAGAUUUCCUUUUAGAAAAAAUUCUAUCAUUGUAAAUCGGAGCAAAAUUGCUAGUAGAAAAGUUGUUCACGGAAAGAAUGAAGGCUAAAAUAUUUUAAUACUAAUACCUGCAUUUCGUACAUUUUUCUGUUUUUUCUACGUUUUUCACGAUUUUUCCCAUUUAUUGGGAAAACUCCUAAGAAAUUCUAAAAAUAACCUCGUUAAAUUAACAUGGAGAUUAAAUUUUUUUUCAUAAACUAAGCUACAGUUAAUACAUUGGAGGAGGAUUUCUAAUAGAAAAGUUUGCACAACAAAUUGAGGGGUAUUUUACGAUUAAAAUAGUCCGAGUGAGCGUAGGCUUGGAUCUUUAGGUACUCCUAAAAUGCAUUUAUUUUUUCCUUGUUUAGGUAAAAGAAAAAAAAAAGCAAACGAUUUUUUUUUGUAGCAUGGGUUCGGAACUUGCGGACUUUAGGAUGAAACUAGGUAUAUAUAACCAUUCGGCAACGAAAAACAUAUACUAUUGCGUUGACAAUAUUUAGUAUAACAUAUGAUGUCCACAUAAUACCAUAUCAUCAGCUAUAAUUUCGAAACACUUAGUCCGCUCAAUUCUGACUUCACCAUCGUUCUUAAAUCAGCAGUAUACAUAUGUUCAAAAAAAAAAAAAUUAACUCAAAUUUUCUUUUUUUGACCACAAAGUAAGACUCUAAAUGAACCUCCUGUUAAAUUGUCAAACAUUUCUGUUAAGUCUAACAAUUUUACCACAGAGUACCUACCGAAUAAACAUUACGCACAAAACUCGCAAAAUUAAAAUGUUUAUAAACAGCUCAAAAAUAACUUAAAUUUUUUGAAAAUUUUACCACAUCUAGACAAUUCAAAUAUUAAUGUUCUGUCCAAAUUUUAAGUCAAUAGAGUUGAUACAAAUAUUUUUAACUAAAUUUUAACAAAAAUAUGUAAAAAUAUAAAAUAUAUAAAAUUGUUAUAUAAAGCUUAAAAAUGGCAAAAAUGUUUCGAAAAUUUUACGAUGUAUGGAAAAAGCAAACCUCCCAAAUACUUCACUCCAAAUGAAAUAAAAUAUAAAAUCAACAAACUAAAAAAUGGAAAAGCCCCUGGACACGAUCUCAUUACAAACAAUAUACUCACAUCUUCAAUGCAAUGCUUAGACUUUCUUAUUUCCCACCACUCUGGAAAAUUUCAACAAUCAUAUUAUUACAUAAACCUGGCAAACCCAAAAAUAUAACAUCUUCUUACCGUCCAAUCAGCCUCCUCCCUUCCCUGGGAAAAUUAUUUGAAAAACUUCUAUUAAAACACCUUCAAAAUAUCUCAGAAAUAAAUAAAAUCAUUCCUAACUCACAGUACGGCUUCCGAGCUAACCAUUCUACUAUUCAUCCUCUACAUCGCCUCACCGAUGCNUUACACUGCAGAUAUACCUACAUCCUCUUUCACCAUUCUCAAUACUUUUGCCGACGACACUUGUAUCUUAGCCUCCGAUUUUGAUCCCACAAUAACAAGCUUCAAACUCCAACACCACCUUAACAUACUCGAAAACUAGUUCACACUAUGGAAAAUAAAAAUUAAUACAAACAAAUCUAGCCACAUUACUUUCUCCCUUCGCCCAAACAAUUGUCCUCCAGUCAAACUUUGCAACCAAUUAUUACCUCAAACCAACCAAGUUAAAUACUUAGGGCUUAUUUUCGACAAACGAUUAACUUGGAAAGACCACAUAUUUGACAAAAGAAAGAAACUAAACUCCAGAUUACAUCUACUACUUCCUCUCUUACGAUCAAACUUAAACUUUAAACUNCUUGGCAUAUUCACUUAACUGUUUCUUUUUUACUUCUACCAUCUUUACUUAUUAUGCUUCCCAAGUAUGCAAACUCUUCUACUUGCUCAUUUUCGACAAACGAUUAACUUGGAAAGACCACAUAUUUGACAAAAGAAAGAAACUAAAUUCCAGAUUACAUCUACUACGUCCUCUCUUACGAUCAAAUUUAAACUUUAAACUCAAAAUUCUUAUUUACAAAAUGUUGAUCUUUCCGCUAUGGUAUUAUGGUAUUCAAAUUUGGGGUAAUGCCGCCCCAAGUAACAUAUAAAAAAUCCAAUUAUUUCAAUCCAUCUGCCUUCUCACUAUUACAAAAUCCCCCUGGUAUGUAAGUAACAAAACCCUUCACUCUGACCUGAGAAUAAAUUAUAUAAACCAAGUCACUAAAACUGCUUACCAAAAACUCCACAUAAAAUUUAGCUUCCAUAGUAACCCUAACAUUAGUUAACUUGCUUCACAACACAUCCCGGACAACCCCCCACGAAGACUUAAACGAAAAUGGGUUAGAAACCUCCUCCAUUAAUAAAUACCCAAGUAAGUAGCUCCAUUGGGAGCCCUCCUACAUCGUGCCAUUUUCAUGUUAUGUAAUCCUCUACAUCAUUAUUACUUGUUGUGCUUAAUUGUAUAGUUGUAUAUUUUAUUAAAAAAAAAAAAGUUUCAACGUAUAGUCGAUUGUUUUAACGUAAAUGAAAUUGUAGCACAUUUGGUAAUAUUGGGAUCCAUUAUAUUCUAUUAGUAAUAUACCAUUUUUGAAAAUGAUAUAAAUCCGAUUGCAACUGUGUAGCAUCAACUUCUGAAUUAAUAAUUUUUGUGUCAACGUCAUAUAAUAAGAUGUUUGAGUAUUUAAUUAUUUAAUUUAUAGAAAGAAGAAAUAAAAUAAAUAAUAAAUAGUCACCUUGUGGAACAUCUGAGUUCAUUGAUCGGACAGAACAAAAAUUACCAUAUUUUACUGUUUAAAAUCAAUUUUGAAUAAAAAAAAUGAACCAUGAUACAAACGGAUCAUAUGUAUUAUAGUUUUAAUUUAAUAAUAAGUAAUUUAUGGUCUACGCGUUCUAAGUGUUUUAAAGUCAGUGUAGAUGAUAUUGGUAUGAUAGCACCUAGAUUAUUGCUCUCGCCAUAUUAUAUUUUGUUUAAAGUAAGCAAAAUUAGUUACUGUUGAACGCUUUUCUCUUCAGCCAUAUUGUUUGUUCAUAAAUUAACCAUUUAAUAUGAGUGUAAUUUUAAAACUGAUAAUUUCAAAAUAUAUUUAUUAUGGAGUAUCGAGAUUUUUUUUUAAAUCGGACAGUAAUUUAUGAAAAUGUUCCUUUCGUUUCACGUUUACCUUUUUUAAAUAAUGAUUAUAUAAAGACAGUUUUCCUAAUAGGAAAUAUACCUGUGUACAAAUAUUAUUUAAACAGAAAAAGAAUGGGUGUGUGGUGGUGACAAAAUGAAACGACAUUGGUAUUAAAACUUAAAAUAUAUAUUAGGUCCAUAAUAACAAUUUAUAUCAAGUGUUUCGAAUUCGUUAAAUACACCAAAAUGAAAAAUAUCACUGUUAAAAUUAGUAGGAAACGGAGGUAUUUAAAGUAUCUAUAAAUAAUGUUGUUUGAUUGCGACUGAGUAUACAAUAAUUUUAUAUAUUAACGUUAAAGUAUUAAAUUAUGUUAUUUCAUGCAAUACCUACGUACUUCAUACACUUACCAAAUCAGUCCGAUAAAACAUGUAAUCUAAAAUUAAACUAGUUAAUUUUAUGAAUCCCCAUAUUCAUGCAUUUUAUAGUUUGUACGUUGGAUGUCUUUAAGAUAAGAUGCGAUAUGUGAUUAAACCUAGCCUGACCAAUUUAUUAUUUUUCUUAUCGAGUGGUAGAACUCGAGUUAUAUGUUUAUUUCUCGUCCAGUUACAAUAUACCAUCGUUGUACGUAAACGUAUGUAUUUAAGAUUUAUAACAUCUAUAUACGUGUUUUAAUUUUUGGAUUAGGAAAAAAUUGUUUUGUUAAUUGUUUUACAUGGAUUAAAUAAAUUAAAUAAUUAAAAUUUAUAAUUAAAAUAAUUAAAUGAUAUUCUUUUGAAACAACAAUUUGACGAAGCUAAAACGUGAAGGCAAAAUAAUAGUUCUAUUUUAUCUAGUUAUUUGAAUUUAGUAUCUGACAUCAAAAAAAUGAAAAUUAAAAACACAGACCCGUGGCUAUUGGCACGCGAGAUAUUUAAUAUUAAUAAAUGAUGUUGAAAUAUUAAUUAACCCUGUAAAUGAAAAUAAUUCUAAUUUCAAAAUAUACUUUAGGAUAAACGAUAUGUUUAAGAUUUUUAAAUUUUUCAUAAUAUGCCAAUAGACCAUGGAGAAAGAGACCGUACGUUGUUUGAAAUUAUUAAAAGAUAUACAAAUAUUAUUCAAGCUAAUGCAAAACUAUAUUUAAAAAUGUGUAUUCAAAGAAAACAGAAAAAAAAAAAUGGUAUUUUUGUCGAACUUAUGGUUUUUAUGAUUUUAAUGGGCCACUAAACCUUGCCUUUAAUAAAAUAAAAAUAUUUACGCCCAGUAACAUUACAAAUCAAUAGAUUUUGCAACAUUGCGUUGCUCUAAAAAUUAAAUUUCUCGGCCCACAUUUUUUAGACUUUGAAUUAACAGAAUAAAAUAUAUUAUAAUUAUUAUUCUAGUAUGGUUAAAAAUUAAUUUUAACCGUCCUGUUGCGUCAUUAUUUUAGUUAGGUUAAAAAUUUGAUUUUUCGUCAUUUCCGUCUCGCCGUCUCUUAUACAUAUUGGCUAUUAUUAUUAUUGUAAUAUUAUCUUUUCAUAUUUUUUUUUUGUGACUUUAACUUUGCUACUAACUACUUUAGAUUCUGAGCAGAACGAGGAAUAUAUUGGUUUUACAAUGUUGUUUAUUUUUUUUUCUACUAGACAUUUUGCUCCGAUUUUCAAGUGUAGCACUUUUUCUGAACGAAAAUUUGACUGGGGUACCUAGUAGGUAUUUUAAACAAGUCAUUUUUCGAUUUUCCCGGGAGUUUUUAUAAUAAAUGGAAAAAACAUAGAAAAAACGGAAAAAUUUACGAAAUAUGUUAUUUUCAAAUCGUAUAAUAUUACGGCCUUUCUGCAUAAAUCAUAACAUAUAUAACCUAACUCCGCUCAGAAUCGUUUUUCGUUUGCAACGAUUAAUUGUUACGUACCGAUAAUAAAUAUACAGUAAUAGUCAUUAAUCCCAACUUCUCAUCUACAAUAGUGGCCCACCUAUCGUGCAAAAUAUGUUCAUAUCUUUUUAUAAAAAUUAAAAAAUUCAAUAAUUUAUUAUAAUACAAAAUAAAUAUACAUAAAAUUAGUUUUGUAUUUUAUCUAAAAAUGCAUGGAAUCACCAAUUUUUUAAUUUCUUCAUAGUAAAUCUGUUUCUAAAAGUGUGAACUGCAGAUUGUUUAGGAAGACUGAACAAUAGUUAAUGAGAUUUUAUUGAUUUCAACCAAAAUUCAGUACGAAUUUUAUCAAACAUCAUUCGACUAACUGUUUACACUAACUAAAUAAUAUUUGUAUUAUUUGUUAUAUAUAUUUUGAAACAAAAUAUGAUUUUCUUUUUGUGAUUAAUUUCUUCAUGAUGCAAUAACAUAAUAAUUAAGUAUCAAUAAACCGAGUUUUACAUUUUUGUAAAAGUAUGGAAACGUUUUAAAUUAUUUUUAAAACAUUUUUAAUUUAUAGUAAAAAAGUAUUAAACAAAUUUGAACUUUCAAAUAGCUAUCAUAUAUAAACUAUUUGUACAAAUACUGCUCUGAAAAUGUUUUAUUAUAGUUACAUAAUUACAACUAUGUGUAACUUUAGUCACUUGCCCCACGAUGAAAUAACACUGAUAUUAGUAUUUUUAAGUAUUCCAUUUUGCAUUUAUCGUUUGUUAAAGAGCAAGUGUUUUUUUUUUUUGAUAUUUUUUACUGUAAACAUGUUUAAAAACAAUUUUAUUCAAUUUUAACAGUGGAUAUAAAUAAAGAACUUCCAUAACAUUAUAUUGCUUGCAAUUGGCAUCAUAAUUUAAAAUUAAAUAUUAUGCGAGAAAUCACCAGUUCAAGUUAGACUUUUUAAAAUCACGUUCCACUUCACCUUACGUUUUUAAGUAUAAUCAAAAUUAACUGAUUAAUAACUGACAACUGAAUUUGACAACUUUCAAAAAUCGCUAUAUGGUAAUACAUUUAAUAAAAUAUUAUGUGUUAAUUUGUUGUCUAACAUUAUGAAUAUCUAUCUAAGAUUGAUUUUUCUGAAGAAAAGAAAAAUCAUGAUUUUUCUUCUAUUAAUUUUGACUGUCAGUCAUAAGGUGAAUGACUUGAUGAAUGAUGAAUCUAACUGAUCUACUGAUAAUACUUUAAGUGUAGUUCAUUUAUAGUAUGUUUAGAGUUAUUGACAUUCUUAGAAAAUAGUGUCCUAAUUACUUUUCUGAAUAAUAGGGAUAAAAAUCUUUUUGCAAGUACGGUGAUCGCCGUCGGUUUUCAACAGAAUCAAUUUUUUAUACUUUAUAAUAUGUUUUAUGUAUGAAUGUUUGAAAUUCAUAAAUUAACGUUUUACAACAGACUGAUAUAGAUGAGAUUAAUCUAUAAUAUGUUAAGCGUGUUAUAAACUUAUGUCUAAAUUUUUGGGAGUUAAAACAUAUGAACAUAUAAGGUCACUAAUAGUAUUUAUUAGAUUCUAGGUGGGGCGAAUAAUCUUAUGGUUUUACAAAAAUAUUUACUUUUUGUUUUUUUUUUUUAUCUGUUAACAAUUUUUCUACCAGAAGACUUGCUCGGAUUUCUAAAUGUAGCACCUUUCCAGAAAGGAAAUCUAUGUGGGGAGGUCAUUUUUCAAUUUCCUUAGUUUUCUUAUCAAAUUUAAAAAACCGAAAAAACCCAGAGGAAAAAUGGAAAAAUUUAAGUAAUAUAUUUGUAUGAUAUUAAGAUUUUUUUUUUUUAUGGACAACUUUUCUAACAGCAAUUUUGCUCCAACUUAUAAUGACAGCUAUUUUUUUUUAAAGAAAUUUCACUGGGGAAGUCUUUUAAAGAAAUAAUUUUUCGGGAGUUUUCUUAGCAAAUGUAAAAAAUUGAGAAAAAACACGGGAAAACCGAUAAAAACGUUAGAAAACCGGGAGAAUCGGUACAACAAACAAAUAUUCAGAAUAUAUAGAAAUAUAUAGAAAUAUUACAGAAAAUACAUAAAGCCCAUUUAAUUAUUUUACUUUAGUAUGGCGUAUAUAUUGUUGACAAAGCAUCAUUAUCAACUGAAUUUCGCUCAGAAUCGUUUUUUCGUAAGCAAUAGUUUAUCGUUGCUUACAAGUAUACAUUAAAUUGAUCAUAUAUAAGAAGUAUAUUAUUGCACUACUAUACUCUAUCUGUUGGUUGUUUUUAGGGAUUCAAUACGAACUUGGGAGAAGCUGCACAAUUCAUUCGCGAAUGGGAAAACGAAGCGCUGACCUUGUGCAACCGAGUAGCAACCGCGCAGUGGACGUACGCGACUAACAUCACUGAACAUAAUAAGAAACAAAUGGUAAAUCCUAUGGUACCUAAUAAUUUAAAUAUCGAACAGUCUACUACAUAACCAUUCCAUAGAUGCAACUAGAGGUCUAAAACUGGGGGUCGCAUAUUUUUUGAAUGUGACACAGACCCACAGUAACUUAGCUCUUGUACCCCCUACACAUUAACAAUAUUACAAACAAUAUAAAAAAGAUACUACUUGGUUUCCUCAAAAUAUUACAAUAUAUUACUAACUUCUUUCAAUAACAACGCCGAUCUACGUUUGUAAAAUUAUCAACUAUCAGUUUUGUAUCGAUUAAAUUAACGAUAUCCCUUUAAAUACUUAAAAUACAGGGUACCACACGAAGAAAUAUUCAUUAUAAUAUCUUGUGAGGUAAUAAAGAUAAUUGAAUUCUCUUUAUAUUAUUAUUUAUAUAUUACAGGAAUGACUACAGAUAUUUAUAUUUUAAUUACAUUUUUAUGUAAUGAAUACAUUUUUUAAAAAUUUAAAAAUUUAAUUAUUUAAAUAAUAGGGCCGAAGGGUACUCCAAACCUAAUAAUAGUUCCCUAAAAAUAUGUAAAUGCUCUGAAUGUUCAUAUCACACCCAAAAAUAAUCUUGCAUCAUAAUUUAGUUUAACUUUUGCAAGUGUUUGAUUUCCGUUUCUCUCGUGUGGAGAUUUAAUAAAAAUGCACAUAAUAAUAUUAAAAUUCCGAUAUUAAUUUUUUAAAAAAAUUAAGUUUUCUGUUUAUUAUACACAACUGAUUAGAGAAAUUCAUUUGUUUUGACCACUACUUCGCUGUGGCAAGACAGUAAAGCUAAUCAGUCUAUAAUCAUAAACAACACACAAUAUUUAUAAACAGUUUUAAUUCAUAUUUUUAUUUUACUGUUUUUAUUGUGGAAAGUCACUCACAGGAUAACAAAGUGAAAUGUUAGUAUAAAUAAUGUAUAUUCAACUGUUAAAAAUAAAAUAUCUAAAUACAACGUUAAUAUGAUAUGUCACCUUACACAUUACAGAAUACAGAAUCUGUUCUGUUUAUGCAGUAGCGGACAUAGGAUAAGUUGGACUCAAUAUUUUCCAUAUUAAUUUUGAAUAAUGAAUACUAAUUAUAAAAUACAGACUUAUCUGUCAAUCAAUCAACAUUAUCGAUUAUUGUAAUAAUUGAUCUAACUACAAUUUUAACGACAAUUAUUUAAAUUAAUAUAACUAUAAAUAUAAAAUAACUGUCUCACCCACCUUGAAUCCACCGCUGUAUUUUUACCUAGUCUUACUAAAAAAAAAAGCAGGAAGGAGAUGUAUCCUCUAUAUCUCCCCAGCAAGUUGUAAUCACAUUUACUAAUUGACUAUUAUUAUUAUUAAAGUUGAUGUUGGCUAUACACUUUUUUCCUAAACUUUAACAAAUUAUUAAAAAUCAUGAAUUUAUUGAAAAUUAAAAGUUGCAACGCUAAAAUUUUCAGACGAAAAAACUCUAUAAAAUAACUAUCUUACAUUUUUAAAAUAGUUUACCACCGCGCAUACCAGGGUUAUAACUUAUAAAUUAUAAGUGUUAGUAGUAUGGAGUAAACGAAGACUGCUGUUAUAUUUUUUGAAGUGAAUGGCGUUAACGCCUAAUUUUACCUCCAUAAUAUGACAACGAUAUUAUUUAUAAAAUAUUUAAUUGAGUUUAUUAUUUUAACACAUAGAUAAUGAAAUAUGAUGAAAUAUGAUGAUAACAAAAAAUAUAACAAUCCAAUUACCAAUUAUCAUUGAUGGACCGCAUUAAAUAUACGAGCGUCAUAACCGAGAAAAUAAUAAUAAUAAUCAUUGAUAGACGUUUUCAUAUUACACUUUUAUCCAAUUAUCUACCCGAUGUAGUUUUUCAGAACAAAUCGGAUUAUUUUUCGAUUAAAAGUCCAACAUAAGUUCACACUCGUGUUUACGGUUACAGCGAGCCACAUGUUAGACUGAGAACAAUUGAUUUUUAUCAUACCAUGCAAUAACAUUUUAGAAUAUUAUUUUCCUGUGUGUUAUAGUUCUGCUUAUUAAUUAUACAUUUCAUUCAGCACCUACAUAAGUAAAUGGUCCUGAAAAUUAAUUUUAAUAUGAUAAAAUAUGUUUAAAAACUAGGGGCUCACCCCCUUUCUUGAAUGUACCUACGGGCCACAACAUCAAACUUACGGUGUUAGACUGUUCAGUCAAACGAAAAUAGUGUUGGAAUUCAAGCCUUAUGUAAAGCAAUCGCUCAUCAUGUAAGAGAUUCGAGUUCAAACCCGGUAAAACAAUGAUUGGUUUUUUAGAACAAUGCUUUCCAGUCCAGCUACCCUAUUUUUCGGACUAGAAAAAUCGUGUCAAUAACCCUCUGAACGAUGCGUGUUUUUUUUUUUUUAAGUUAAUUGAGAUUCAAAAAACGGAUAACUAACGAACAAAAAAAAAAUAUGUCGUCACGCUUAAUACAAUAACAUUUACUCAGAGGUAGAUCCAGGAUAAUAUAACGGGGGAGCGGAUAAUUUUAAGAAUGCAUUUAAGACACAAAUCUAUGAUGAAAAAAAAGCUAAGAAUAUAUCGAAGGAAGAUCGCCCCAUCGCUUCCCCCUGAGUCCACCAUUGAUAUUAAUUAAUAUACGUAAACUAUUGACAAAUUUAAUAGUCACGCUUCAAAGCUUUAGUGGUAUUUUAAGGCACACUCUACAGAGUAUGCGAAUCUGGACCGACAUGUUUUAAUGACUGGAUUAUGCAUACAAUUUUAUAAAUAAUGUGUUUUGUAUUUUUGUAUUUUCUUAAAAUUUAACAAAGACAUAUUUUUCAUGUUUAGCAACGCCUAACGUUACCACCCGGAUGUGUGACCGUUCAGGUACACGAUAAUGAUAAUAGUUAUAUUAUUAUAACAUGAUGACGUUAAAUACAAUAAUACAUCUUCCGCGAUCAUCGAGUUAAUUUUUUUUAAAAAACUAAAACAGACGAUAAAAUGAUAACUUAAAAUAGAAUAAGAUAAUUCGUGUUAUAUGUAUAAUAUAAUGCAAUUUGCAUACCUAUUUCUACUGUUUAUAUACCAACAUGUAUUUAAAAAGAUAGACGAACAAAAAUUGCAAUCAAAGUUCAACAGAGUGUCUUGGAAGAAAGCUUCGGAUUUCAUGUGGACUCGUAUACCAGAUCCUAUAAUACAAAGACAAUUCAAAAUAUUGACACUUAAAGGCCAGUCCAAUGUUCCGGAUUCAAAACUAAAUCUGGUAGAUAAACUAUUGUACUUAUUAUCAUUGAUUAUAGAUGCUGUUUAUCAGUGCUCGAAUUGGGAAAAUUAAAGUAAAAGGGCUCUGUUAACCUUAAAAAAAUAGCGUUCCGACAAAAAUAAUAGUUCAUCUACAUCAACAACAAAAAAAAAGGCCACAGGGUCACCAAUCAAUAUUCCACUCAUAUGACACUAUAUAUAUAAACCUAAGAACAGUAAUCGCUAUAAACGUUAUGGCGGUAACCGUUUAACGUGAACGCAAAUGCGCUUGUUAUCAAAAUCUUGAGUAACUAUAAAUAACUAUAAUGAAUAAAACAACUUAUGAUGUGUCAAUGUUAUAAUACAUUCACCCCCCUUCCCGUUACAGUAUGAUAAAUUAGAAGGGGUACGCGAAAAAUAAAAAAAAUAUAGUAGAGGAACUAUGUCCCCCUGCGCACCCCAUCAAUUCGAGCACUGAUGUUUAUAGUAAAAAUAGUGUUACAAUUAUUACGGUAAAUACCAGAAAAAAAAGUAUGGUAUUGGAUAUAUUUUUAAUCACAAUUAAUUUGUCUUUGAUUAACAAAUAAUAUAUCUUGGAUCCCAGAGAAGAAGCGUUUAAGGUAAUUUGUAUAAUUUUGUUUUAUGCAAUUUUCUUUACUUUACUUUUAGUAUAAAUUGCAUAAGUGCACCUAUUUUCAAAAUGAGUAAGUGUAGUGUGUUAUGCCUAGUUUACACGGCGCGUAUACUUGUUAUUAGUACUUGUCACUCGCAAUAGGACUCUACGGCCUUCCAUAAAUUAUUAGGUUAUGUCGGUAGUAAAUAGUAAUAAUAGUAUAAUAUAAUUGAUAAUGAGUAGGAAAUGGAUUAAUAUGUAUUUAAAAUUCACAAAAAUUCACUUAAAAUCGUUAAAAAACAAAAGCCCAGAAAAAUCACUUAAAAAUAUAGGAAAAGAAAAAGUGGCUAGAAGGGUUUAACAGUCUCCUCUCUAACAGUUACGACCUUAAAGAAAAUUAAAAUAAAAUUAUUUGACACUAGAAAAUGAUUACACAAAAUAUUCUUUUUUAUAAUAUGUAUGUACAAUUUUAUAUGAAAAAAAUUACUUUUUGUUAAUCAUUUUUGUAUUGUUAGAAAAUUAAACUGGGGGGAGACUUUUAAACAUUAAAAUCUUUCUACCGUUUUUUCUUUUUAAAAAAUCUUUUGAUUGAGUUUUUUGACGCUUUUAAGCCCCUUUUAUGUGGAUUUUAAAUGUAUAUAAAUCUGAUUCUUAAUAAUAAGUUAAUACGUUGUGAGUGUAGUCACGAGUAGAAUAUAGUCGUAGAGGGGGUAGAUACUUGACGUUAGUAAAGAUAACUCAGUUUUAUUCACUUGCACUUGCCACUUCCACUCGCAUUCGCACUAUUUUUACCGUGUACAUGAAAGGUGUAAAGUACGAGUAACAAGUACUACGCAUUGUGUAAACUAAGCAUUAUUGUAUUAGUUUAGGCCUAUAUUUUGAACAAUAUAAUUUCCUUAUAUUGAAUACUAUACGAAACUGACUUAAGCUCUUCUGCCCGGGAUCAAAGAUAUAUUAAAUAAUACACGUAAAGAGUAUAAUUAUAUUAUACUUUUUGCUCACAGUUACAUGAAUUUCUUUCCUCACAUUCUUCGAACUUUUUAUAAAUAUAUUUAAAAUAUUAUUUUCAUACAUUUUAAUGUUUUUUUAAGAUAUUAUUACUAUUUUUAUUUUUAUUUUACAGAUGCAUACAAUUUUAAGCGAAAUGAAAGACAUUUACGCUAAAGCAAAAAUAUGUCCGUUCAGUAAUAGGAUGACAUCAUAUUGCGAACUAAGUCUUGAACCAGGUAUCGAUCCGUUAAUAUUAUAUACAAAAUUGCAUUAUAUUAAUAUUGUUUGUCUAAUAAUAAUACGACUAUAUAAUAUUAUAUAUUAUGUAUUUAAAAAAAAAGAUUUAGUUAAAGUUAUGGCCAAUUCGAGAGAUUUCGAAGAACUGUUAUACACUUGGCGUUCAUGGAGAGAUAAUAUUGGACACGAAAUUCGACCCAAGUAUAUUCAGUACACGGAAUUAGUUAACGAAGCUGCGAAAACAAUUGGUAUUAUAAAAACAUAACAUUACUAUUAUUAUUAUUUUUUUUUUUUUAUUACUUACUUUAAGAUACUCUCUGAAAUCAAAUAAAGAAUAUUAAUCUUUGUAAUAUUAAUUAAUUGAUGAAAUGAACACAUAAAAAUACAAUAAUUUAGAGAACUUCUAUUUUUCUUAUAAUUAAGGUAGCUCUUUUUAAGCCAAUUUCCCAUAUUACGUAUUCGAAAAUGUUUUUUAAUUCAAAAUGUUACCCCGAUAAAUGCUUAAAUAUCCCUUAUUUAAACAUAGGUAUAUAUUUUGUAUACACGAGUUUAAAAAAAAAAAUCGGUAAUAACCAGGGUUUGGGGCUUAUGGCAUUCGCUUAUUUGUUUGGCCUAACAUAAAAUCCAGUAGAAUGCUUGGGAACUCAUAUCAUGAUACGAUUUUGAAUAUGAUAUUUAAAAAAUAAAUUGGUCAUGCUUUUUUGAUUGUUUCAAUAUUUUAAGUGCUUAUAAUGAAGUAUUUAAGUGCUUUCUCCAGCGCUUAUUUUAAUGAUUAUAAGUGCUAUAAGCCCUGAACCCUGGUAAUAAUUAUAAGUAAUAUGUAACAUUAUAUAACUUAUAAACAGUUGUCGGAACUUUUAACACUUAAAAUCCGUCAAAAAGGGAAAAUGGUACAAGGAUUUUAAAUCUUCUUCAAAUAGUUGAGAUUUUUUGGGGUUGCCCCCGCCGGUCCAGGACGGGCGAUACGCAAAAACGUAGGUACUCGCCGCACCAAACCACCCCACGGGCGGUUACACACAUCCAUUUCUAUAUCAUUAACCACCCGUCUCCUCUAAUAGCUUUAACUUUUUAAGUACUAUUUUAAAAUGUUACAAAAUAAUUUAAUAAGGUUACAACUAUUAAAUAGGAGACUAUUAAUCCUCUCUAGCCACUUUUUAUUUUUCUAUAUUUUUAAGUGAUUUUUCUUGGUUUUUUUUAAAAAGAUUUUAAGUGCUUUUUUGUGAAUUUUAAAUGCAUACUAAUCCAUUUCCUACUUAUUAUCAAUUAUAUUAUACUAUUAUUACUAUUUACUACCGACAUAACCUAAUAAUUUGUGAAGGGCUUAGGAAUCCUAAAGUGAGUGACAAGUACUAAUGACAAGUAUACGCGCCGUGUAAACCAGGCAUAACACUACACACACUUAUUUUGAAAAUACGUACACUUAGGUAAUUUAUACUAAAAAAUAAAAGGAAGAAAAUUGCAUCAAAAAAAAUUAUACAAAUUGUCUCUCUCUGGGAUCUAAGAUAUAUCGGAGGUACCUUUUUCAACCUUUUCCCUAACACGAUUGCGUACGUUAUUUUUAUGCAACGUUUUCAGGCUGGGAAAUCACAGACGAAACUGGAAACGAUAUUAAAUUUAAAAUAAAAGUUCACAUUACUUAUUAUCAAGUAGAUUAAAGGAGAUAUAAACUAUAGAUUAGUUGACCGACGACCGUUCAGAUCGAGUGUAGUUUGCGUUGAAUUGUGUAGUUUUUGUAAAAAUGACAAAGCGUAAUUUUAAUAUGGAGAAUGAAACAGUUAGAAUAAUUACGUCGGAACGCGGAAAAGAUUUGGCAUUAGUUGGCACGAACAAAUAUCGUUUUAUACGUCAACGAAAAGACGGACAGAUUAAAUGGUUGUGCGCAUACAGGACAUGUUACGCCAGUAUAUUGACAGACAGUGGUCGUUCAAAAGUGAUAUUAAAGUUGGGUGAGCACAAUCAUGUAUUAAAUACAACGGAGAAAAUCGAACGCCAGAUUUUAAGAGAAAAUUGCAAACGCAAAUCAAAUGAAUCAAUUUCAAUUAGGCCGUCGAAAAUAAUCAGAUCCGAGCUGUUGGUAACAGAUUUUGAAAUGCAACAUUCAAAUAUAAAAUCGAUAAGGAAAGCAAUGUACGAUAAAAGGCGGAAAAAUUAUCCUCCUUUCCCAGAUUCAUUGACCUGUGCCAUAUCUCAAUUGAGACAAAUUGAAGACAAUGAUUGUCUUAAAUUCAAAAAUGAAAAAUUUGUUCACGCGCCAGACGAUUUGCAAUUUAUUUGCAUUACAACGAAGACAAAUAUUGAUAUAUUGUUACAGUGUGAAGAUAUAUUUGUAGAUGGUACGUUUGAAUACGCACCCAAGUACUUUAUGCAACUCUAUAUGAUACAUGGAUUAAAAAAUGGUUAUUAUUUGCCUUUGGCAUUUUUCUUUUAAUUGAUAAAUGCAAAGAAACUUAUAUUCAAAUGUGUACGUAUUUAAUUAAAUUAAGCUCUACAUAUUCAUCUGAAAUACUAAAGUAUCUGAAGUAUCUGAAAUAUCGGGUUCUACCCGAUGCAGGUAGGUACCUAUUUACGGGCUGUACGUACCCGUUCAUAUUACUAUGAUGCGGGUAGUAUCUUGUGCAUUCAAAUGACUGAAACAACGCCUAACGGUGGGGUCCAAUUAGCUGCUGUCAAUAUUAAUAUUAUGAUGGCUUAUCUAUUUAGUAUAAAAUCUAAGUGUGGUAAACCAUCAAUCCCUACAGUGAUUUCAAUAAUAAAUGCAUUUUCAACAUUAUUGAUCAUAUUUAAUUUUAUACCCUUCUCAAUACCAAAAUUAUAGUAUAAACCCGGUUAAAUAAUUUUUAAUCUAAAAAUAUCCAAUUAUUUAUUUUGCAUUAAAGUUCUGGAGUCAACAGGUAAGGAAUUAAAACAUUUAUGUUGUUUUAAAACACUUAAUAACCUAUUUAACGCAGUUUGAGGUAUAUUAAAUUCUGUAGCCCAUUUCUUAAUUAAAAAUUGAAUAUCAUCUAUGGGUUUAAAAUUUAUAUUUUCAUCUAUUAAAUUAGAAUUAUUUGGUUUUUCAGAUGAAGAAUGAUAAAAGUUGAAAAUUCUGGUUAAAAUUAGUCGGUAUAAUUUGAUUAUCAUGAUGAAUGUGGCUUGUAUGAUUUAAUUGAUCAACUAGAAUUUUGGGUAGGUUGGUUGGAUGGCGAAAAUAAUAUUUUUUCUAAAUUUGAAAUAAUAGUAACAUUAUCCAAUGUACUGGAUGUUGAAAACAUAUCGUUAUUAAAAUUUGUUUGAACACUAUUUAUUAAUUUUUCUGCUACGCGUCUUCUUUUGAACCAAAUGCUCAAAUUAAAGUUUUGUUGACGAAAUAGCAUAUUUCAGCCUUAGACUGAAAAAAAAAACAAAAUGUUUAGAAUCAAAACUACGUAAUGCUUUAAAUGCAUAGAUAUUACAUUCUUACUCGAUUACAUAACUAAUUGACUAUUACACGAUGUACAUAGAUGUUACGUAGAUGUCUGUAGAUGUUAAAAUAAAGCAAACGUACCAAUUUAUAAUAAUUAUUAUUACUAUAAAAUAGAUACUGUACACUAAAAAGGAUGGGAUGAUGGGAUAUAUGUUUAUACUACCGUUAUAGUGGGAUGCUAUGCUCCCCCACACCCACCUUUGUCAAUCAAUUUUAUAGAUCAUAAUAUUAUAUUAAUUUAUUAUUAUAAAUUAAAUGAAUUAAAUGAUAUAAUGGUUUUCUAAGACAAUAAAGUUAACAAUUGAAAUUAAAUACAUAAUCUUACAGGAAUUUAUUUAUGGUUAUUUUUUUUUUAAAAAAAAAAGGCUCUGAAUAGGUGGGGGGGAAUAUAUCCCUAUAUCCCUCACCAUAAUUACGCCACUGUAUGAGCAGUACAAAUGUAAAGUUGUUACCUACCUAAAAUGAUGUAUACAAUUCUUUGUUACAUAAACAGUUCACAUAAACACAUAAACACAUUUACGCCACAACAGCACAAGUGCACAACCCGCGUGGUGCGCACCAGAAAAAAAAAAUAGUCGUUGGUAGUUUGGUACAUAGAUACUAGAUUGGCGCAGCGGCACGAAAAUGGAAAACCAGGGGUUCUCUGCAUUUAGAUGUGAUUACCGAAUACAUCAACAAAUCAACAUUUGUCACAAAACAUUUUAACACUAAUUUUAUGUUGACAAUUUAAUAACAAAUAUUUGGUUUGACUUUUUAAAACAAAAAAUAAAAAUUUAAAUAUAUUUGGUGAGACACCCCGCGUGGCCAAAACACACCGCGACUAGUUUGGGCUACACAUACUGAAAAUCGCCACCGCCUUGGCAAUCUAGCUAUUUGGCGACGACAGUUUAUUGUUUAUGACCGCCAUUCAAUUCACUCACAAAAUUAAAAAUCCCCAACUAAAAAUAGAAUAGUUAAUAAAAUAAACAUACUGAUACUGAACGUUCGGAGAGCGAGCGCAGGCGACAACCACGGUGACGCGGUGUACAAAUUUUAUAUUUUACAAAAAUGUAUUGUGAUAAUAAUAUUAUAACGCAUGAAAACGGUCAUAUGGAUAAUAUACCACUACAAUUUCAAGGCCACCGGUGGAACCGUUAGCAACUAAAAUCAUAUUUACAAUAUUUUAUCAAAAGGCGUGUAAAACCAUCGUUUCUAAAGCCGGUCCCACACGACUCGUGUGCUUUGAGAGCGUAUACUCGGCGAGUGUACUUGCCAAGUUUGUACAAUGUACGAUGUUUGUAAUUAUGUUGCUCCUACACGACUCGUGUGCUUGCCGAUUAUUUGUCAAUCGUAUGUAUUUUGCUCGUCAUCGUCAAUGCUCCUACACGUGUAGGACACAAUGUUGUCACACGGCUCGUAAUUGCCAAAUAUUUAUUCGAAAUAAUGAAAUACGAAAUUUACCUCAGUCCAAAAUGGAAAGUGACGACGAAAAGACUGUUUGUGCCACAUUUGCGGUAGUGUGUGCUGCUGCUGCUGCACAUGAUUUAAAAAUUAUGACUAAAAAGAAAAUCAAAAGAUGGUGGUGGACUUUAUCUUUAAAUAGAAGUCAAGAUAAGUAGGUAUUUUUUUUAGAUAAAUAUCAAUAAUAAGUGUAUAUAUUAUGUUUUAAGAUACAAUGUUUCCAAUAUGUUGGAAGAUAUGAAUCGAGAGCCAUCGGAAAAAUUCCAUAAUUUCUGUCGGAUGUCGGCAACGGAUUUCGAACACCUCAGUAAAAUAGGACCAAUUAUUAUGAAAGAAGAUACAAACAUGAGAAAAGCAAUACCCGUUCAAAAGAGAUUGGCAAUUACACUCACUUUUUGGCAUCUGGUGAUAGUUUUACUAGUUUAUCUUACCUAUUCAAGUGCUCAAAUCAAGUGAUAUUAAACAUUGUACACGAAGUUUGUUAUGCUUUAAGAAAUUACGUAAAGGUAACAUGAAUUUAUUUAUUAAUUUUGUUAAAUUUAUACAUUAAAAUUUAAAGUUAUACUUGUAUGUUUCGCAUUAGAAAUUAAAUAGUAAUAAAAAAAAAAUGUAUUUUCUGUGACAACUUUUGUGAUUAUUGGUACAUACGAUUUCAAUAAUAAUAAUACUUUAUGAAUAAUGAUUAUCUUCAGUUUAGGUUUUAAGGAACAUUGUCUUGAGAUUCAAUAAAAGCGUUUAAUAUUUGAAAGUUAGAAGUUGAAUUUUGAUCUGAAGAUAGAUGAGAUGAAUAUGAAUUUUCUGAAGAAUUAGAAUUUGAAGGUUCUGGUGGAGAAUCUUUAAAAUGUGUUGAUGUUUGAAGAAUAUUUGCAUGAAGAGUAUAUGGUGGCAUACCAUAGUUAUGAGGAACAGAGGCCACAGGUGGAUUUUGGUGAUACAAACCAGAUGAAUAUGAUUGUGUUCUGUUAAGAAAUCCCCUUUUCGAACGGAAAAUCAAGUUAUCAAUAUCGUGCAUAAGAAUUUCACGGGUUUGUUCAUCAAAUUUUCUGAGUUUCCUAGCUAGUAGGUCAGCAUAAACAGAACAAUCAUCUUUAAGUGGUUUUUCUGUUACACUUUUCAAUAUUUUGCAAACAUUUACCAUGCAAUUUUUAAUUUAGUCGCUAAGGCAGGAUCCGGUGGCCGAAUGAAUAGAGGAGUCUCUUAUGAGAAAGAAAGUGGAAAAUAUUGGAGUGGUGUUGUCCGGCUCUUAUUAUCAUGUUUUAUUAUAUUGAAAUAUUCAACUGUUAUACAUAUUAUUUUGUAUUAAUCUAAAUUGACUUAUAAACUGAUAAAAUAAAGUGGUGUCCACUAUAAUAAAAUGUAGUGUAGAUAAUAUUAAUGUUAUAUAAUAUUAUAUUAUGAUAUAUACCAUAUUGUAUAUAUCAUUACAAUACUUUGGCUGUAGGGGGUUUAAAAACGACUUCUGAAUUGAGAGAUGAUGAAUCUGAUUCAUUUAUAACGUCCUCAUUUAGUGUAGAAUUGUCGUCAGCUAAACUCAUUGUAUCAUCUGGAUCUGGUUCCUGAUUAAAUCAUAAAAUUGUAUACAUUGUUAACAUAUGUAUAAUGCAAGAGUGAUAUAAAUUAUAUAUUAUAGUAUAAAUAGUUAAAUAGGACAUUAUGUUUUAAUCUGUUAAUCUAUUUUUAUUUUUAUUUUUUUUAUUUAUUUUUUUUUUUUUACAGUUGCUUACGACUUCACAAAAUUGGCAGAAUAUUUCAAAUUAAUUCAGUUCUAAAUGGAAUUUUCCCAAUUGUGAAGGCGCCAUAGAUGCAAAACACAUAAUUAUUCAAUUACCCAUGAACAGUGGUUCAGAAUUUAUAAAUUAUAAGGGAACAUUUAGUGUUGUUUUGAUGGCUUUAGUAGAUGCCGAUUAUUGCUUCACUUUUGCUGACGUGGGAUGUCAGGGGAGGAUAAACGAUGGCAGAGUUUUUCGCAACACUACAUUUUUUUUAAAAAAAUGGAAAAUCAUCAACUGAAACUUCCCUCCGAUUACCCACUACCUGGAAAGGAAUUGCCAACAUCUUACGUAUUUUUAGCUGAUGAUGCUUUUGCUCUAAGUCGUCAUAUUUUGAAACCAUAUAAAGGUAGUUCGGAACGAAUUUUUAAUUAUCGUCUUUCUCGUGCGUGCAGAAUUGUGGACAACGUAUUUGGAAUAAUGGCUUCUGUAUUUCGUAUACUGAGAAAACCAAUGUUGCUACAGUCAGAAAAAGUUUCGGUAAUAGUAAUGAAUUGUGUUUUACUUCAUAAUUUUUUACGAAAGUAAAACGUCAUCAUCAAAAUAUGCUUCUCGAGAGUCAUUUGAUAAUGAUGAUGAGGGUAGACAAAUACAAGGGUCAUGGCGUCAAGAAAAUAACGUGACAUAUAUGUUACCUAUCAGAAAAAUACCAAGAUGUUCAGCAAUUGAGGCCUAAGAUAUUAGAAAGACAUUUACGGGGUAUUUCAUGACUAAUGAAAAAGUUCCGUGGCAAGAAAAUUACUGCUAAUUUAUUAUUUUAAAAUAUAUUUAUUUAAAUAUUAUAAACAUUAAAUAAACUAAAACAGCUUACAUACCUAUUUAUUGUUGUUUUUGGUUGAUAAACUCCAUGUAAAAAGUUUGCUAUUAGUUCAUAAAAGAUUCAAUUCGGCUUGUAUAAUUCUUGUAAAUUAGUAGUUACUAGUCAAUAUUAGUUUUACAAAUCAUAAAUUAUAAUAUUACAAUAUUAUACAUAGAUAUAGUGCAUAAAUUUAUAUGUUGACCUAUUUAAUAUUGAAGUAAUUUUGUCAGAAUUUCAAACUUUUCUGUGUAGGUGAACAAAUGACAAAUACAGAUAGUGAAUAUUAUAUAUUAUCCCGUUUUUAGGAUUCGAAGAUGCGAGCCAACAACAGAUAGCGCUGUACGAAGAUGUGAAUUUCAAAAGCAAAUUAGAAAACUUGUGGAUAUCCAUUGAGCCGCUUUAUAAACAUCUCCAUUCGUACGUACGAAGAAAAUUGGUUUCAUAUUAUGGUAAACGCAGGGUACGAGUCGAUGGACCGAUUCCAGCACAUUUACUAGGUAUGUGUAAUCGCGUAUUAAUAAUAAUAAAUACUAAGUAAGAAAAAAAAAAAAUCAUAAAAUAGAUUUAGUGGUUUUCAAAGUAGAGAAUUAUUAAGUGGAAAUCUCUUACUGCUGCAUCUUCUUCUUCACCACUAAAUCUUGCUCAUUUAUAAUAGAUUUUUCAUAAUUAACAGUCACAUUUACCAAAGAAAAAAAUCAAAUUAAUAUCUUUGCAUUUUCGACAAAUAUAAUGAGGUGUCAAAUCAUAAGUAUAUGUUAAUUUAUUUGGUAAUAAAUAAAAUACGAGUGGAAUAUAUUGACCGUUUUGGAAUCCAUAUAUUGUAAACAUUUGCAUAAAAAAGCGAGUCCAAUAAUCAUAUAUUUCAUCCAUUUAAACAUCUACACAGAUGAUAAAAAUUUUAAAUUUGUGUAACACGAAAAAAUAAUUAUAUUUUCAUUUUCAUUGAUCAGUAAUAAGAAAUUGUCUUUUGGUUUUGUUUCAACAGUUAUAACAUUUAAAGCUUUGGUGUAUUUCAGCCAUAGAUUUUGGAUUAGAUGACAGGGUUUUGCGUCUGUUUUCAUCUGUAGAUUUUCUUGUUCUUUUAAUGUCGUUUACUGUUAUUUCUUUAGCACACUUUUUAUAUAUUAAUUCUUGUAAAAUGAUUUUGUUUGGUCUUGUACUUACAUUGUUAAUUGCUUGUUUUUUGCAUGUAAUAGGUAUUAACAAUUUGCCGGUUAAUGGUAUUUUCAUUUACAAGAUCAUGAUUGUGUUCAUUUCCCGUGUUCAAUAUUAAAAUUUGUAAAUACUUUUGCAUUACACGAUUUAUUAAUACACUUCCAAUGUACUUUAUUUACUCCUUUAUACGUUUCUCAAAAUUUAAACUUAUCAAUUAUAAUUUAUGGGUAGUCACGUUUACUGCUAAUUAUUUUCGCGAAUAUGGCUGGACACACAGACAACGCGUUUAACUUAACGCGCAUCAAACAAUGAUCGUGAUCUAUGAAAAUAAUUCCGAUAAAUCGAACACAUUUCUGAUAAGAUACAUAGUAGGUAUAUUAUCGACGCAUAAAAACUCACAAUAUAAUAUAUAUAUAUAUAUUAUACUAGAUAUGUAUCUCAAAAUGUGACUUAUUAACCGAUAUCUAAGCACUAUAAAAUUAUAUGAAAAUAAAAAGAUUAUUAAAAUUUAAUAAUAUUCUUAUAAAUAUUUAAUAUUUUGCUAAAUGGGGUUUGAAACUUUAAAAUCUUAUAAUUUACUAGCUCGUUCAUGUAAACAUUGUCAUGACUUAUGAGGGUAAUUUACUUUUUUGUUUCAAGCAUAUAUAAUUAAAUCCUAUAAUAUUCGAAUAUUUAAAAUAUACAAUUUAAUUAUAUACCUAUUGGAAUAUAUUAUGUAAGUAGUUACUUGAAAGUGUAUAUUUACAAUCAUGGAUAUCCAUAGAAAUUUGUCACUGAUAAAUUUAACUUAAAAAUGCACAGGCAAAAUUCUUUUGCAUUAAUACAUCGUUUACAAAUUACAAAUACUGGGAGAGCCUUGUCUGUUCUUUUACUGAGUAUUGAUUGUGAUUGGUCCAAAUAUUUCCGGGCAUAAUAUCUCCGACAAAAUAUCUCUAGUUAAGAAUAUCUGUAGUAAAAAAAUAUCUUUAGUUAACAAUAUCUCCUAUAAAAUAUCUCUAAAGGAAAUAUUACACAGAAAAUAAUAGCGAACCAUCAUAUUAGUACCUAUUGUAUAGUAUUAUUUGAAAAAUUUUCACGAUUACGAGUGAAUACGAGUUAUACCCUACGAGUCUUUACAAAAAUAGAAAUAAAUUUUCCUGCAAGUAAUAAUAACAUGAUAAACGAUUUUAUCGACGUAUCGUUUGUAUUGGUAUAACUGUAUCGACUACAAGUCGUCAGUUCCAGUUUCAUACUUAAUUUGAACGGCUAUAAGAAUCAAUAAUACCUUUAGAGUUUAUUAUAAGCCAAAAAGGCAAAAGGUACACUCAUUCGUUUAACAAAAAAAGUGUAGUCAAAUACAUUUGGUGUUGUACUAAAUACAAAAAAUAUAAAUGUAUAACAUGUUAUACAACCAUGUUAAUCGACAUGAAAUAACAUUAAAUCGGCAUUUAAAGACGAAUUCACUAUAACCUACAUUAAAGGUUAUUUUUUCAUUUUUAACGAUGUUUGUGGCUUAAAAUUCAAAAUUUUGAUUUACAAAAAAUGUAUGGUGAUGACGUUGAAUUUUCUUUGCAAGUACGAUUGUUAAACGCUUUGGCGUUUAUUUCAACAAUUAAUGUUAUUCGGACUUUCGAAGAACUUAUAGAUUCAAGUAUUUUGUGGAAAAUAAUCAAUUUUUAUUUCCGAUAGUCAAUAAUUUUAAAGAUACAUAGAUUGGCCGACCAAAUCGUAACUAUCGGAGGCGCUUCCACAAUUAUAUUAUUGUAUUUGGAACUGUUACGACUCAGUACUCAAAUAUGAACCAUAGACCAAUAAUGCGAUUGAGGGUUAGCAUCAUGUGUUUAAUGGUUCACUUUUAGCAAAUCAUAUUACAAUUUAGAAAUGUAUAACUUUUUUAAAAAGAAAACAGUCAUUACAAAAUGUAUUUAAUAUAAUAUUUAUGUAUUUAAAAUAUAUUACUAAAUUACCUUACGUUUGUGUUAAAAUGGAACAAUCUUUGUCGGGCGAACCUAUUUCAAAAAAAAAGAAAAAAUUACAAUGACUGCGAUGUACGGCUAUUCAAACUUGUCAGUCAAUACGACGAAAAUGAAUCUACAUUGGAGUAUUUAAGAGGGAUUGCCCAUAAUCUUAAACUUAAUUUUUUUUUUUAAAUUUAUUUAAUUUUUUGUUUAAUGGAAAUUUUAUUUUAUUUUUUUUUAAGAGAGAUUGCUCACAAUCUGAAAUUAAAAUAAAAAAUAUUCAUAUAAAUCUUAGAUACAUUUUUUUUUAUAAGAGAUAUUUCAAUUAGAGAUAUUUUUUACCAAAAAUAUUUUUACUGGAGAUAUUUUGACCGGAAUCAGUGAUCAUUGGCGCAACUAGAGGGGGGAGGGUUGGGGGUUGUAAACCCGCCCUUAAUAUGUUUGUUAGUUUUUUACGAAUUGUACGUAAUUUUAGUUGCAUGAUUUUGAUACAAAUUUGAAACAUAAUGUUGUAAUAUCGUGUAUGAAUAAAUGAUAAUAACUGUUAUCAUAAAGAUCAUUUUAUACACUUAGGAGGUUAAAAACGUAUUUCAGAAACAUUACAGGACAGCAGAAACUAAAUGGAAUGGCCACUUUAAACAUAUAUAUAGACAUUUAAGUUAAACUAGAUUCAAUGUUUAAUGUCGAGGCACUAUACUCGAAGAACUAAUCUUAGACUGUAAAUUAUUAGUAUUAUUAUACGGGGUAGACCGUUUAAACCUUCGGGAUGUUUUUUGUAAUAAUUUUAUAAAAAAAACACAAACUAAUAAUUUUGAAUAAUUUUUCGUUUAUUUUGGAAAUUUUUUCUGAUUACUUUUUAAAAAUAAUAUUGCCUAAAUGAUCGCCUUCAGAGCGAAUGGCAUAAUGUGAUAGUUUUUCGGCAUUUUCUAUCACUUUUAGAAGUGUUUAAGAUUGAAUGGGGCCAUAAAUAAACAAAAUUGUUAGUUCUACGCAAUGAAAACCCUCAAUUAAUCCACGAACAACUUUUUAACAAUUAACGUGUGAUUUUUUGGGCAAGAAUUUUUGCAAAAAUAAUCAUUGGACCGGUCUUUUUCGAAGGAGACGUGAGAGCAGCCGUAUCGAUAAAUAUAGAGUAUUAACAGGUUCCAUGUUUAAAAUAAUCAAAACAUUAUUCAAAAUUAAUAAUUUGUUUUUUUCUUUAAAUUUUUAUCAAAAAACAUCCCGAAGGUUUAAAUGGCCCACUAUGUACUUAUGAUUAAAGUAUAUAUUUUAAGUACAUAAUUAAUAUGAUUUAUUAACAAUUUAAAGAUUUUACUCCCUCCAUCCCGCCAAACACCAUCUGAAGUUGAUUUUUUUUUCAAAUUCAUAAGACCUUCUCCGAAAAUAAAUCCUGGUUGCGCCACUGAUAGUGAUCAACAAUGUUUAUAAUUAUUCAUUGUCCAUUUAUAUAAUUAUUAUAAUUUAUAUAAUGGAAUGUUACACUACUUAUAUUAUAUAUUAUAUAUAUAAUAAUAUAUUAUAAUAUGAUAUAUUAUAAUAAACUACCUACUAUAAAUAAUUGUCUAAAUAAUAAAUAACUCAAUUUAUAAUUUGGUAUAAUAUUUAUAUUAAGUAGGUAUAUAUUUUCAAAACAUUUUAAUUAACAAUAAUUUGAAUAAAAGUUAGUUGGGUGCAAAAUAAAAUUCUAAAAAGUGAACUUCAUUGACCAUGAACCACAUGCUAAAUAUACUAAAUUUUAUCAUACGGUUACAAUUUUACUUCAAUACGUAUUUAUUUUGUUUUUUCUUUUUUAUUGAUGUAUUUAUAAGAAUACUUUUAAAAACUGAAAAUAAGCAUGAGUAUAUCUUAAUUUUUAAAUUUUUUAUGUAAAAGUUAUUUUUUGGAAAAAUGUGAAAACCACUACCUAAACAUGUAACACAUGCAGCUAAUAGAGAAUAGUAAAUAUAACACAUAUUUUGUAAUAGUUUAACACACAUAGUAGUUAUUAAGUAUUUAUAAGCAUAGUGUUUUUUCAUCAAUGAUGAAAUUGUAAAUAUACAAUUGCAUAAAAGAAAAAAUUAGUAUUUAGUAAAUAAUAAUUAACUGUUUUAUAUUAAUUUUUUUUUCAUAUUUUAGUCCUUACUUUUUAUAUUGGAGCUUUAAUUUUUAAUUUUUAAUUAAAUUUAGUGCACAUGUUUUGCUUGUGCCACCUGACAUCUGACAUCUAAAAAAAAAUAAAAAAAACUUAAGAAAAAUAAACCACCGUGUUGGGAAUUAAUAUUUUCUAAAAUUGUAUUAUAAAUAUACUUUUGACCAACUUUAUUUGGUCAUAACAAAUGUUGGUUAUCAAUUUUUGAGACAUUUUCAUUUCAAGUUCUUUUUCAUAAUAAUAUUUAGAAUUAUUUAAAUUUUCUAUGUUAAUUGGACUUCUGAGAGGACUUUGUAUUUUAUAAUGUUUGAGAUCUUUUCCUAUUAAAGCUAUCAAUUUGUCUUCUAUUAGAAUUGAAGUUUUGUUGUAAAUUUGACCAAUUGCAUCAGAAACCUUAAUACAUGAAUAUCCUGAAACAGAUAAUCCACGGACUCGCCUUUUGAAACAACUCUUUUUAUUACCAUUCCAUAUACAAUAUUUUGUGAUUUAAUUAUAUUAUUAUUAUUGAUGUUAAAUUUAAAACUUUUAAAUAUUCUUUUGGGAAAUGAUAUUCUACAAAAUUGUAUUGUAAAUAUAUUUCUGAUCAAAUGUAAGGUAAUUUUAAAUGAUUGACAUCAUUUUCAUUUUCAAGUUCUCUUUCAUAAUAAAUAGAACUAUUUGAAUUAGUCAAAUUGGACUUCGGUGAGGAUUUGGUAUUUGAUAAUGUUUGAGAUCUUUUCGAAACAGUGUUAUCAAUUUGUCUGAUAUUAGAAUAAAAAUUUUGCUGUAAACUAUAUCAUUAAACUUAGCAUCUGGAUCUAUCAAUUUUUCUUUACAUAAAACCAUCAUCAACCUCAUUUUAAUGGGUCAGUUAGCUGAUAAUGUAUUAACAUAAUCUUAUUUUACAGACAAUGUUUGAUAAUGAUGAUUCUUGUUCUGUAUUAUCAUAAUGCCCAUCAUCUAGAUUAGGAUUAGAUGAAUUUGGUACUAGACAUAGUCAGAGACCAAUGUAUAAGGUUGUUAAUAUCAAAUUUGUAUACCUGUUGUAACAAAACGAACAAAAAAUUAUUACCAAUCAUGCAUUUUUAAAUUAAAUUUAUAAUAUAUUUAGUUUGUUUUUAGUUUUGUUACUUAACUUAUUGGAAAUUUUUCUUUACAUAAUUUACAUUUAAUUUUAUUUUUAUUGAGUAACUAACAUUUUUUUAAAUUUUUAUUUGACAAAUUGACUACAAUUUAAAUUUUUAACACAAUUUUUCGUCAGUAAUAGUUAAAUAAAAUAAAAAUAAAAUGUUCACCUAAAUAACAAAACAUUUCACAAAUAUUAUCUUCACUGAUUAUGCUUUGCGAUUUUAAUCGGCUUCUUCCAAACGUAUACCUUUAUAAACCCUUUCAAUACUAUUUCACCUUUUGUCAAAUAUAUAGAAAUAUCUAUUUUUCUAUGUUUUAAGUUUUCUUCUUUGAUUGGUUUUGAGUUUAAAAAUGCAGAUAAAGCUAUAGAAGAAUUAAGAUGAGAUUUGAGGAGUUUAUGAUUUAAAAAACUUUUAUUCACUCUAUACCAGGCUUUAAACCCAUUUUUGGAAAAUAUUUCAUCAAUACGACUACUAUUUAUCUCAUUUCCUUUAAAUGCUAUAACAAUAAAAUAGUUUUAUAAAAAUAAACUCAGUUAUAAAAUUCUUUAUAACAUUAAACACAAACUGCCAACACAGAACAAAUAAAACAUUAACAAAAUAUUCUUCAUAUAACUUCAUAUUUAAAUUGUGAAUUUGUGUAUUAUUAAUCAAUUUAAAUUAAAAUUAUUUUAUGACGAUUAUAAUAAUUUGUAUAAAAACAAUUUUUUUUCUGCUAUUAACAUAAUGUAGUAAUAAUGAAACAAUUAAUUGAAAACAAGAUUAUUAUUUAUUAUUUAGUAUUCGGGAAAGGUGUAAUUCCAUACAUCUUUCAAAAAAAAAACGAUAUUCAGGUAAAACCAAUUAAUAGUAUUCGGGAAAUAUACCAUCCAGAAAAAACGACCAUCCGGAAAAAGAAUGUUCGGGAAAUUUGAUUCAGUAAAAAUGUCAGGAACCAUUAUUAAAAUCAUAUAAAAUUGUGGAUAUUUUAAAUUCUACAUUCAUAUAAAAACGGAAAAUAAACUAUAACAAAUAAUAUACUUUUUUCCCCAAUUAGGUAACAUGUGGGCACAGAACUGGAAAAACAUAAUAGACUUGGUGAUUCCAUUUCCACGAAAAAGACGUAUCGAUGUUUCCAGUGAAAUGUUACGCCAAGGAUAUACGCCUUUAAAGUAAGAAAGUUAUUAUUCAAAAAUUUAGUACUUGUGAUUUAAAUCGAUUCAAUCUUAUAGUUAAUAAUCGGAGUCCUAUACAUAAUUUAGCACUCAUGGGUAUCCAUUUUUAAACAUUCCUCUAAUAAGGUAUUACCUGAAGAUGAUUUCGGGGAAACCCCAAAAUUUUUUUUUUUUUUACAAUAUUAUUAAAUAUUAAUAUUCAUAUUAAUAUAAUUUUUUCUAUGUACACAUAUAUUAUAUUAAAUUAAAUAUUAUAAUAUUAAAUAAUACUUAUAAUAAUAAAAAUUAAUUUAAAAAAACUAUACAUAAAUAAUUACAAUUGAGAAUUAUAAUACAAGAUACGUCAUGUUUAUUACUCCCUUUUAAGCAUGAUGCUUGUUUUGGGGAUUAUAUAUGUAGUUUAAGUAAUAUAAUAUAAACAAUUAUAAUUAUGAAACCUAAUAAUCUAAAUAGAAAAUUUAACAAAGAAUAUAUUGUAGAAUUUAAAGAAUAUUAAGAAAAAUCAAUUUUUUUUUUUUCAAAUAUUUUUACAACAAAUCUAUGACUGAAAAAUCUAAUUCUUUUAAAAAAUAAUUAAACAAUAUGUUAAAUAUAAAUACGUAAAAAUACGCUGUUCAAAUUUUAUUACUGAGAUGUCUAUAUAUUUGAGAACAUACAAAUAUACAGCUUUUUAGACCAAAUUGUUUAUUAAAAGUUGGUACACAAAUAUUAACAUUAUUUUAUAACUGGAGUAACUCACUCUGUCUACAUAAUGCUUAAGCCUAUAAUAACUUUAUAAAAACAUAAGACAUUAGAUUACUUGAUUAUUUUUAUGAUUAGCAAUUUUUCACUCUUAUCACUAACUUCUGUUUUACCACCAUUCCAUUAUUUUGAAACAUGUAUUCCUUGUACUUUUAUUUAAUUUAGAUUAGCCUUAGAACAUAUUUUGCAGCCCAAAUUAUUGUUAUGCAUGUAUAGCCAAUUAUACUCUUUAGUGAAAUAUUUAACUUGUUUUAACCAGUAAAUUUAACAGCUGUAAUCAAUUAUAAAUUUAAAAUUUAAUGGUAUACACAAUACAAAUACUGUUGUGCUUUAUAUAUAAAUAUAAUAUUUACUUAAUGAUUAUUUCUCGAUUCCUUAAACUUCUAUCUAACACAUUAAUUUUGAAUUUUGUUCAAGUUAAGUAUUGAUUAAUUAAUCAUAUUGCUUGGUUAUGAAAAUUGUUGUAUGGUUCUAUAUUUUUGAUAUUGUUGUGAUAUUAUUAAAGUAAAGUUAAUUCCAUAUGUAACUAUUUUACCAUACCAUAACACAUCGUUUCUCAACCUUUUUAGUGUCACGACCCCCAAAAUAGGUAUAAAAUAUAGUCAACACUUCGCGAGCCCCCCCCCCCUCUAUCUAGGUUAGGUAAAAAUUUAAACAGUAAAAAUAUCCUAUCAUUAACCAAACGAAAUAUGACAUUUUAAAUACCAAUUUAUAAAUACCAUAUCUAGUAACUUAAGCUUAUCAAGUUUGUAUCGGGUCAUUAGGAAUUUCCAUUAGUGGAGUAGUGCCCGUUUUAUUGAUGAGCUAUCUACAUUUAAUCGACUGCUUAUUAUUGUUAUUUUUAAUAUUAUUUUUGUGUGUUAUGAAACGAUUAAUUUAUCGAUGACAGUCGCGCGGCGCUCGUGUUGUUAAACUCAUGUGAUAUUGCGUUUAUUAAGUUGGUUUUUAGUGCGUCUUUUUAGUUUUGUGUAAUUUGAAUUAAUGAUUAUGGAUAAAUAUAUAACAAAACGUAAUGCUCCGUCUACUUCUGGUGAACCAGCGAAAAAAAAAUGCAGGUCAUAUAACAAUGAGUAUUUUAAGUAUGGGUUUAUUUCACUUGAUAAUAAGCCGCAAUGUGUUGUUUGCUUUCAAGUUUUAUCUCAAGAAAGUAUGAAACCUUCAAAAUUAAUUCGACAUCUGGAAACAAAUCACCCACUUUUAGUAAAAAAACCAAUUGAUUUUUUUGAGCGUAAAUCAUUUUUUUUAAAAAAUCAACAAACUUAAAUCAAUUCUUAAAUCAAGUCAGAAUAACACUGCAACACUUGAAGCAUCAUAUUUAGUAGCACUUAGGGUAGCUAGGGAAUCAAAGCCGCACACGAUUGCUGAGAACCUCAUUCUACUCGCUGCUAUUGAUAUGGUCAAUAUUAUGAUAGGUGCAGAAGAAGCAAACAAAUUAAAAAUUAUUCCACUUUCAAAUGACACAAUAUCAAGACGAAUUAAUGAAAUGUCAACUGAUGUGCACAAUCAAAUAGUACAAAAUCUAAAAUCAAGUGAGUAUUUUUCUAUUCAGUUUGACGAAUCAACAGACUUGGCACAAUUUUUAUGUUUUGUUCGCUACGAAUGUGACGGGACAAUUAAAGAAAAUAUGCUUUUUUGCAAAUCAAUACCAGGUCAUGCUACUGGACAAGGUCUUUUUGAAUUAUUUAUUAAAACAACAAAAAAUGAAAAUUUGGACUGGAACAAAUGUAUUUCAGUGUGUUCUGAUGGCGCAAGAGCAACAACAGGGAAAAAUAGUGGUUUAAUAGUAAAACUAAAAGAAUUAAUGCCACAUAUUGAAUGGACACAUUGUUUUCUUCACAGGCAUGCACUUGCCGCAAAAAAAUGCCAGAUAAUUUAAAAAAUGUAUUAUCUAAAGCUAUAAAAAUAGUAAAUUAUAUUAAAAGUCGACCGCUGCAGUACAGAUUGUUUUCCACACUAUGUGAAGAAAUGGGCUCCAAGCGCAAGUCACUGCUUUUCUAUACCGAAGUUAGGUGGUUGUCACGAGGAAAAGUUUUAACGCGGAUUUUUGAGUUGCAAAAUGAAUUAAAAAUAUUUUUUAAAGAUCGUCUUAUUCAAGUCCUAUUCUUGAUCGUGUUUUGGAUACCAUGAAAACACAUUUAAGAGAAUUGAAAAUUCAAUUACUCGAAUAUUUCUCAUGUAACGACAAUGACUUCUCAAAUAGAUGGGUUCCUAAUCCAUUUGAUGAAAAUAUUGUUGCAGUNUUGAUACUCACAACCAACUGAUAGAAUUAUCAGCUGAUAAGACAUUACAGCUACAAUUUGCAUCUCAAGAUUUAAAUAAGUUUUGGAUUGCCCGGAAAAUGAAUGUGGAAGUUUGGUAACAGAGGCAUUGAAAAUUUUGAUUCCGUUCGCUACUUCUUAUUUAUGCAAAAAGGAUUCUCAUCCAUGGUGCAAUAAAAACUAAGUAUAUAAAUCGUUUGUAAUCACUAGAAAAUAACUUACUUUUAUGUGUUUCAGAUGUUGAACCACAAAUUAAGCAACUUUUAAAUUUAAAACAAAUUCAAAGAUCACACUAAUUAUUUAUUUUUAUUUUUAUUUUUUCAAUAAAAAGUCUUAAAUAUUUAAAUAAAAAGGUACAUUUUGUAAAUCAGCGUUUUAUUAUUUUUGACCUGCGCGACCCCGAGUCAAGGUGUUCGCGACCCCCUGGUUGAUAAACGCUACCAUAACAUAUACAUAUAUUGUUGACAAAGCACCAAUAUAUGUAAUUUUUUUAAUAUGCUGAUUUUCUCGUUUUUUCCGGUUUUUCCAUGUUUUUUCUUGGUUUUAAACAUUUUCUGGAAAAACUCUUGAGAAAGUCGAAAAAUUAUCUCUCUAAAGUACCUCCUCAAUCAAAUUUCCUUUUAAAAAAAUUUUUAUUUAUCAUUAUUUAUCAUUAUAAAUUGAAGCGAAAUUUCUAGUAGAAAAGUUGUCCACAGGAAAAAAAAUAUUUUUAGCUAAUGCCUACAUUUCUUAAAUUUUUUCGUUUAUCCUUCGUUUUUUUCCGGUUUUUCUUAUUUAUUUAGAAAACUCCGGAGAAAAUCGGAAAACGACCUCUCUAAAGUACCUCCUUAGUGAAAUUUAAUUUUAGAAAAAUUGCUAUAAUAAAAAUUAAGAGCAACAAUUCUAGUGGUAAAGUUAUUCACAGAAAAAUAAAAAAAUAAACAUCUUUGUAAAAUCAUAAGCUUCUUCGCCCACUCAUAAUCUAAAAUAUUUAUUAACCCAAUCAAUAUCUAUAAUUUAAAUAAAUAUAUGAUCUAUACAUAAUUGUGCAGUAUUGAAGAUACGAGUAUGUUUAUUUAUGUAUGAAACAAACCCUUUAAUUGACAAUAUACUUAGAUUGGUACUAUAUUAAUGUAAGAGAAUUGUUUAAAGUAUCAAUAUUUAUGACACCACAAUUAUGAUAGUGCUGUAAGAUCUAUCAAUACUACUUAAACACUUUUCUAAUCCAUCUAAAAAUAAACAAUUAUUAUUGGUGAUUUACGAUUGUAUACAUCAUAUACUCUACGAUUGCGAACAAUUUAUGUAAGUACUUGACUCAUAAGACAUGAUUGCGUACGAAAAUGAGCUCAACGUUGCAAACAUGCUCUAUUUCCUUUUUUUCUAUGUAUACAAUGUUACCUAAAAGUAUAACAUAUGAAUACUUAGUGGCUAUUAAAUAUAGUAAAUUAACUGUUAAGUAAAAAUUAUGUACAAAUUAAUGUCUGAAUUAUUAAAAAUUAUUUUAUUAUUUUAAAUAUUGCAUUAUUAAAAUAAUACAAUACCACACCUAACUGGAUAAUUAAAAAUAAUAUAUCAUUUAUAGCACAUUGGAAGUACAAAUUAUAGAUACAAUUUUUGGACUCUGUGUAUUUUAUGUUAAAAAAAAAAAUUAUAAUAACAUAGUUUUAAAUUAAAAUAAUUGAAAUAAAACUAAUAAUGUAGUCAACUAUAAACUAUUAUAAAUUAAUAAAUUGUGUUGACAAUGAUUACACAAUUUAUUUACUUGCACACUGUUUCAAUUUUGAAACAUGUUUUAAAAUAAACGUAGUGAAAAAUACAGUAGUGUAAAAGUACAAAUCGAAAUUUAAAUAUAUUAUAUAUUGUCACUAGAAAUCAUAAGUAUGUCUAAAAUGUCACUAAAAGUUAUAACUUUAAUACACAAAGUAUAAAAAAUUCGUAAACCUAGGAAUAUUAUAGUAUAAUGAUAACGUUAUAUAAUAUGGACUUUAAUGACACAUUUUCUUCCGAUAUUUAUUAUUGAAUUUAAAUGUAAAGUGUAAAUUAUUGAUUAGUUUGUUAACGUCUUAUAUAGCGCUACACAUUCCACAUCAUUAAAUUUAGGUAAUAUUAUGUUAUCAUAAAAUAUGUUGCAAUAAAAAAACAACAAUGUAAGUUUAAAGGUUAAAGUAAAAUAAUUUUAAAAAAUUACGGGGUCCAUGCAACAGUGACAACAUAAGUUGAGUAAAGAGUAUAAAUUCUCUAUGUAACCCAUAGGUAUCAAUAAAUUAACAAUAAUAUUAUAGUUGUUUAUUGAAAUAUGUUAUGUAAUACAUCGUGGUAUUAUAUGCUCACAUAAACGUAAUAUUACAAUAUUAAUUUAAUAGGAUGUUUCAAAUUGCUGAAGAAUUUUUUUCGUCACUCAAUUUAAAAGCGAUGCCGGUGGAAUUUUGGCAUAAUUCGAUUUUGGAAAAACCAACAAACAGGCCGGUUUCUUGCAAAGCGUCUGCUUGGGAUUUUUGCAAUAAAUAUGACUACAGGUAAAUCAUUUUUAAAUAAAUACAAUUAUUGGUAUAUGUACUUAUAUUAUAAAAAGCAGCGGUUAUAUUUUAUGGGUAAUUAAUGUGAGUUACGUAUUUUCUUAAGAAGAUUGUUAUCUAUAACUUGAGCGCGGAUUUUUCUAUAAAGUGUUAAAAUAGCCAGAAUAGCCUAGAAUUCUGUUAAACAUUGGAAAAUAUGCUCGAAAAAUUAUAUAAAAAUAUGAGUAAAACAUGCAAAAUUUUAGUUUUAUAUUCUUUCAAUAUCAAAAUAUGUAUUUAUAUUUAAAUAAAAUAUAUUUUUAUUUUUAUAUUUUUUUCUUAGUAUUGUGAAUCGUGAAAAUCUUAACGCUUUAUAAAGCAUAAAAUUUCUUUUUUCUGUUUGACCUGAAAUCACACAUAUGUAUACUUUAAAAACAUUUGAAAAAAAAAAAUUUAUGAACAAUUUUUGACAUAUAGGAUGGUAAAAUAGUUUACCACUGAUAAUUUAGAACUUUUUAUAUUACAAAUUACUUUACCACUAUUGAUAUAAUAAAAAAAGACGGACAUAUAUCGUUGAUGGGCCUCUGUUGUAGGCGAGAAGUUGAGAAGUUAGAGGGGAAAUUUAAUGUAUAUGCAAUGAUUAACCUAACCAUUGCUGAAGAACGAUUCUGAGCGGAGUUCGGUUAAUAGCGUUGCUUUGUUAACAAUAUAUAUAUGUGACAUUACGGUAAAAUAAUUACAUAUUAUGCAUUAUAAUUCUUAAUAUAAUUAAGUUUUUCCUACGUUUUUUUUUUUCAUUUAUUGGAAAAACUCUAUAAAAUACCACCUCAGUCAGAUUAUCUUUCCGGAAAAGUGCUAUCAUUGUAAAUUGGAGCAAACUUGCUAGUAGAAAAAUUAUUCACAGGAAAAAAAAAUUAUAAUAGUAAACAUCGUUAUAAAAUCAAUACAUUCGUCGCUCCACUCAUAAUUUAAAAGUUAGGUAUGCUGACAAUCGCGUAGCUAAGAUUUUUUCAAUGGGGAUUCAGAUGGUCUAGAGAGUAAUAAUAGGAGCUUACACAAUUUUUAAUUUUACCUAUUAUUGUAAUUUUAAUCAAAGUUAUGAAUUAAAAAUAUAUUUUAUAGCAUAUAAAAUAAAUUAUUAACUAUAGUUAAAAUACUUCGCACAAUGGGUGGACUACUGUAGUAAAUCAGAAGUUGGGAAGGUAGGAUAUAGAGGGGAAUUCAAUAUAUAAAAAACGAUUCUGAGGUUAAUAGUAUUGUAUUUUUACAACAGAUAUGUCAUAUUAUCGAAAAAUAAAUAUAUACAAUAGACCAAUAACUAGAUUUGUUCCACAUAAUUUUUUACUAAAAUUGAAAUUUGAUAUUAAUUCUUAAAAAAAAAAAUACUACAUUAACUUAAUUGAAUUUUUAUUUUUAUUUCUGUUAAAUUUUCAUCUUUAUCUGUUUAGUCUAAAAUAUCUACAGAGUAGGUACUAAAUAAAAAUUAGUCACAAAAUUAAAUUGUCUAUAAAUAGCCCAUAUGAAGCUCAAAUGUUUUAUAGAUUUACUAUGUUUAGAUAAGGCAAACAUACAUUUUCUGUCUAAAUUUCAAUUUACUACGAAUAUUUUUAACUGAGUAUAAAAGCAUUAUUUUUGUAAAUUUCGGACAUUUUAUCCCUGGUUUUCGAAAUUAUUAUGAAAAUCGCUUGAAAAAUCAAAAAAUGACCUCCUUAACGUACCAUAUAAAUAAAAUUUACUUCAAGAAAAAGUGCUGCACUUGAUUCAUCGGGGCUAGAUUUCUGGUACAAAACUUUGCACAACAAAUCGAGGGAUAUUUGUCGAUUAAAAUAGUCCGAGCGAGUGAUGAGUUGGGUCUUUAAAAGCAUCCAAAAUGCAUCGGUUCUUUGGUUUUAAAUAUUUGAGGGUUUGUACUUGCGAUCUAUGGAAUAACAACUGGUAAGCACCAUAACUAGACUACGACAAACACGUUAUAAAUUUGUUAUUGAGUUAUUUAAUAUACGCAUAACUUCAAAAAGCUAUAACUUCAAAACUAAGUCAGUCCGCUAAAUUCUGAAUGCACAUGCGUAAUAUAUCCCGGUACACCGGGACAUAUUACCAAUUUAUGACUUCGGUCCCGGUCGUAAAUUGUAAAUGAAAUAAGUACCAAAAAUUAUAAAUUUUAUUUUAAAAUUUGUAUUCUAAAACCUUUAAUUUCAUGUUGGACACGUCAUUUAUUCUAUGAAAAGAUUAUCAUUACUGAUAAUAAUCAUUGAACUGUAUUAUUAUGGUGAAAAUGGAAAAAAAAAAACAAAUACAUUUAUAUUACCGUUACAUUUCUCUCAGAAAACUGAUAUAUUGGAAAAGAAAACGUAAUUUAAUUUUGAUGUCUCAAUACUUAUAUGGUAUUCCUGGUCAUAACGCCAAUGUUGAGAGGAUAUUUUCAAUGAUAUUACAUUGUAUUCUACAUUUUAUAAUUAAGUAUAAUUUUAAAAAAAAAGUUUGUUUAAAUUAUUUUUGUAAAUUUCCCGGUCCGUAAUUAAACUUUUAUGCCAAUCCUAGUAUAGAUGUUUAUUAUUCGUUGUGGUCCUUCAUUUAUAUUAUAUUCGUAUUGGGAUUAGAUUCAAAUCUAGGCGUGGCCGGUGGUGAUGUCACACCCAUCUAUCCAUUUUUUUUUACUUAUAUAUAUAUAUCCGGUUAUACGACAUAUCGGUAAAGUAAAUCUAAUGACGAAGUUCAUAGGGUAUUUCAUAAUACUAAUAUAGUUGUAUAUAUUAUAUAAUCCGUCGUAAUUCCGCAUAAUAAAAAAAAUACAAACAUUUUUUAGAUUCUGUAAGUAGCGUGGAAAAUAUUAUUAGCUUUACUAUGGUUUGUAUUUUUUUUUCUAUCCGUCUGUAAACAAUUUUUUUACCAGAAAUCUUACUUCAACUAUCAAGUGUGUCAUGUUUUUUUAAAUUUUUUUUCAGGAUCAAACAGUGCACCGAAGUUACAAUGGACGAUCUGUUUUCGACACAUCACGAAAUGGCGCAUAUUCAAUAUUAUCUUCAUUAUACAGACCAGCCACUUCUUUUCAGAGAAGGCGCGAAUCCGGGUCGGUACAUUAUUAAAUGUGUUAUUUCUUCGUAUAUAAAUAGUAAAAACUAAAAAAAAAUAAUUGUACAUUAUUAGGUUUUCAUGAAGCGUUGAGUGAUGCAAUUAUUCUUUCAGUAUCCACACCACGACAUUUACAUAGAAUCGGAUUACUAAACAACAUAACGGACGAUUAUGGUAUACUUAUUAAUAUAUAUAAAGUAUACUUUUUUUUUUUAAAUUUAAAUACAAUUUAAUUUCAUAUUUCUAUACCUGAUCACAGCCACCGGAAUCAUUGCGAGAAGGUUGUUAACAAUAUUCCAAUAUGGCAAUUUUCUAAAUUUUUAAUCUUUUAAUUCCUGUAACAUAAUUCCAUAGUAUUUGUAUUGAUUAUGAUGAAUUAAUAUUUUUUGAUUUAUUUUGUAAGUGUUUAUUGGUUGUUGGACUAUAAUGUAAAUAGUGAGUAUAAUUAAUUUUUUAAAUGUAUAACCCUACUUACAACCAAACCCUAUAUAUAUAUAUAUAACAUUUCCCGUAUUUUUCGUUGAGUUAAUAGGCGUAUGAAUAGUACAAUUACGCAGAUUACUAGUUAAGUUAAUAAAUUGUUUUGGUAAUAAAUUCUUUAGGUACUGACAUUUAUUGAAUAACCAAGUUGUUAGAACCAGCAAAUAUUUAAAAACUAUGUUUACUGGUAAUUCAUUAGUAAACAUAUGUGGGUGAAAAUUUUUAAAUAACUUACCAUUCAUAAAAAAACAAUUACUAUCCUUAAAAUAUAUAAUUUUAAACAUUUGUUAGCAAAUAGAAAGUGAAGAAAUAGUUAGAUAAAACUCGCAACACAAUUUGUUACUAUAAAUAUUGAAAAUGAUUCAAUAGAAUGAAUUUUAUAUCAAAAUUCAAAAUGGAGAUACUUAAAAUAUUAACACGUCAUACUACAGCUAACUUUUUAUUUUGAAAACAAAUUUGACAUCACAGAUACAUGUUGUUAUAUUUAUCAUUUUCGUCAAAAUUUGAAAUUCAAAUUCUUAUAAAAAAAUUAUUUUACAUUGCAUUUAAUUUUUUUGCCUCACAAAGUACCACUUGUAAUGAACUUCCAUUAAACAUUUUCAAGCAUUUCUAUUUGGUUUAUCAAUUAACCCACCGAAUAAAAAUUACGUAAAAAACUAGCAAAAUAAAAAUAUCUAUAAAUAGCCCAAUGAUGACACAAAUAUUUUAAAAAUUUUACCAUAUCUAGAAAAAACAAAUAUACCUUUUUUGUCAAAAUUUGUAAAAAAAAAAUUCUAAAAUACUCUAAUGUAUAUGUAUUUAAUUUUAAAUAAAUAUACAAAAAAGUACAUAUGCACAUAACAUCAGAAUUUUAAAAAUGAUAAAUAAUAAAAUAAAAUAUGAGAAUUUUAUUAAUUCUGCGACCCGGUAUUUGGAAAACUCUGGACUAGUGUCAUAGAGGAGGUCAUGUAUUAAGCUAAUGUUUGUAAGCACAUUUGAUUUUACUUACGUGAGUAAGUUUUUUUUUGAUGUUCGUGUUCAUUGGUAUUUUAUGUUUGAUUAUAAUAUAAUGUUGUUGUCUAAUCACCACAUCGACUUCCCGAAUUCUAAAAUUUAUAACAUAGAUUCGUUGAUAAGUACUUUGGAUUUACAAUUAAAUAAUUGUUACUAUUAUUAAUGUGUUAUUGCACAAUUGUUACAACAAUCUUUUGGAUAUAACUCAUUUUAUGUAAAAUAAAAUAUUAUAAAUAAAGGAAAAUUGGCUUACUCCAAAACUUAAAAAUUAAAAGUCUAAAAUCAAAACACGUUUUAAUUUUUUAAUUUUUUCAAAAUCUACAAAAAGAAUUCAUGCACUCGAACAAGAAAUUUAAAAAAAAGAGAUCUAUCAGUUGCCCCAACUCGAUUGAAUUAUAACAGUAGACUCGUUAGAAUGAUGCCCAAGUAUAGACAAGAAGUAUUAAACCUUGUGGCUUCAAUUAUAGAAAAUGGUGAACAAUAGGACAAUGAAAGUAAAACAUUAUAGUGUGCUAGAAUUAAUUCUGAAUCUGCACACCUCGACAACAUUGCCAGAUUUCUUGAUAGUCCUUUACCAAUGUCUCUCCCAGCAAAACACACAACCCCAAAUGAAAUCAAACAUUUAAUUAGCAAACUAAAGCCAAAGAAGUCACCUGGAUAUGACUUAAUUACAAAUAAAAUAUUACAACACUUACCCAAUAAAACUCUAUUACUUCUCACAUUUAUUUACAGUUCCAUGUUAAGACUCUCUCACUUCCCUCAAAUCUGGAAAUUUUCUAUAGUAAUACUUAUACAUAAACCUGGUAAACCCAAACGCCUACCGUCAUCCUAUAGACCUUUAAGUCUACUAUCAGCUUUAGCUAAAUUGUUCGAGAAAAUUAUUCUUAAAAGAAUUAGACCACUCAUUCAUUCAAACAAUAUAAUAUCCCACACACAAUUUGGUUUCAGGACAUCCUACUCGACAAUACCUCAAAUACACAGAAUUACUGAUAAAAUUCAAACGUCAUUUAAAAAUAAAGAAUACUGCCCAGGAGUUUUUUUAGAUGUAGCUCAAGCCUUUGAUAGAGUUUGGCACGAUGGCCUCUUAUAAAAGUUAAAAUUAUUCCUCCCAGCUCCCUACUAUCUAAUAAUCCAAUCCUACCUCUAUGAUCGUAAAUUUGCAGUUCGACAGGGCGACUCAAUAUCCUCCUACUUUUCAAUCUCUGCCAGUGUUCCACAAGGAAGUGACCUAUAACCCGAUUUAUUUAACAUAUAUACAUCAGAUAUUCCAAAAACAGCAAACACAACCAUAGCAACUUAUGCAGAUAAUACAGCUAUACUCUUCUCCAAUUUAGACCCUAUUCAAUCUUUAAGCUAUCUUCAAAAUCACCUCAAUUUAAUAAACACCCGGGCAACCAAGUGGAAAAUUCUAAUAAAUCCCGAUAAAUUUUUCCAUGUGCCAUUUACACUACGUAAACACAACCUUCCCUCGCUCCAACUUCAAGGAGUCGAGAUUCUUUCAUCGAAUCAGGUAAAAUACUUGAGAAUUUUACUAGACAAAAGAUUGACAUGGUUACCUCAUCUCAAGUCCAAACGUAAAAUCCUUAACUACCGCCUUUAUCUACUCAGGCCGAUUCUUAAAUCUAAACUAUCAAUACACACAAAGUCCACAUUGUACAAAUCUCUACUCAGACCUAUCUGGGCGUACGGUAUGCAAAUCUGGGUAUGUGCCAAACCUUCUCAAGUCCGCACUAUCUAAGCUUUCCAGUCCAUCACUCUCCGGCUAAUAGCCUCGGCCCAAUGGUACGUAACAAAUGAAACCUUGCACAAUGAUUUAAGAAUUCCAACAGUUGACCAACUAGCUAAAUUAUACUAUAACAAAUUCACUCCAAACUGCAACUACAUUCCAAUCCUUUAGUCACUCACCUAGCAUCUCGUACUCUUCCUAACAACCCACCACGCCGACUCAAAAUAAAUUGGUGCCGUGACCUAUUAAAUUAAUGAACAAAAAAAUAAAUUACUAGAGGGUACCAUCGUUGGAUGAUUUCCCUCAUCAUGUGCUUCAUAUGUAUUUUUUUUUAUGUAUAUAGUGUUAUACAAGUCAUCUAUUUUACUUAUUGUGUCAUGUAAUACAGAUUGUAAAUUUUCUAAAAAAAAUAAAAAAAAAUGUGCUAAAAAAAAUGUGCUAGAGAAUUUUUCAAACAAUUCAAGAUUUUGAUUUCAACUUUUUUCUUUUAAUAUUUGGUAAUAUUUUAGCUCAAGAAAUAUUUUUUUUUUAAUAUAAUGCGAACAAAAAUAUUUGAUGUGACUUAUUGUAAUAAAAAAAUUUUAGAUUUUAUUAAUCGUUUGAAAAUUAUGAGGAAUAAUUUUGAUCAUAUUCGGCCCAAGUCUGAACAAUAUUUAAAUACCGAAAUACUAUUAAGAUCAAAACUAACGUGGGAAAAAACGUGAAAAAACGUACAAUUUCACGAUUUCAUCAUUUUUAUAAAAACACGUACGACUUUUUUUUACCAAAAAAAACAAUUUAAUCGAAAAAUCUCACGAUACCUUUUUUUAUCCUUUUUGAUUUAUUUUCUUACAGUAUUAUGGCCAAAAAUUUGGAGCCAUUUUUGGGCUUUUAAGGAAUUUUAAUUUUUAGGAGCUUUUUCAGUAAUUCGGUUAUAAACACAUGUAGAGAUUUAAACAUAGUUAUAAUAGCUAUAUUAGACAUACCUGAACUUGGUCAAAUUUCAAAAAUUAUCGGACGAAUUUUUUUUUUCAUUAGUUUUGAAAUCAAAUUUAAAUGAAAAUCGCAAAAAUAUUACGGAACUUCAAAUUAUGUAUUACCGAACUGCACUCGGAAUCGUAUUUCGUCAAGCAAUGAUUUAUUGUUGUUUACAGAUAUAAAUGAAAUAACCUUAUGUAUCCUACCAUCUCAAUUUCUCACCUAUAACAGUGGUUUUUUUAAUUUUAAUUUUUUUGUUUUAGAAAGCCAAAUAGAUUUUUUAAUGGAAAUGGCUUUGGACAAAAUAGCCUAUCUACCUUUUGCCUAUUCAGUUGAUUUGGUAAGUACAUUUAUUAACAUGUUAUGUAUAUACAAUAUACAUACAGGCUGUCCCUCGAAUAUAUAGAUACCCCUUGGAUAUCUCCGGAUAUAAUAAAGAUUAUUAAGUUCUGAUUUUUUUUUUUGUCUAAUUUGAAUUAAUUAUUUUUUUAGUAAAAUUAUUGACUUUAUUAUUUUUGGAUAAUUUUAAGAUAGCCAUUCUAUAGACCUUAUUUAUCCUAAAAUUUUAAUGUAUCACACGUUUAUAUACAAUGAAUAGUUUCAUAUUAUCAAAAGUAACAGCCGUUUUAAAUUCUACUAAUCGGUGUGAAAACCGAUGUUUUUGCGUAACGCGGUUUUAUUAUUUCCUAGAUAACAUCGGUUUAUUAUUAUCGGUUCAACAUUAAAAUGUUCAAAAAAAUAAACUCUACAUAAUGGUUUUCUUGAAACUUUCUGAAAAUAAUAAAAUAAAAAGUUAAUUUUUCACGAGAAAAAAAAAUAUUUGUAGUGGAUAUUCGGGGGGUAUAUCUUCCUAUCUUCCGAUCGUUAAUUCCGAUUUCAAAACAGACACUUUGUCUUCAAUAAACCAUUUCCUUGUUAUUUAGUAGUAAUAAAUACAUUCCAAGAUUUAAUGUUAAAUAAAUACACGUAGUAGUUAUAUUUUUAAGCCAAUAGAAUUAGGGAAGCAGGGCUUGAUACUGUUGUUAUAAUGUGUAAAGUGUAUACAUAUUACAUACAAUACAUUUUAACCAAUAAUACUGAUUUUUAAAAAUUAUUACUCGUGGUUUGUAAUCAAAUAAAUGUUAAAAAUGAUGUUUUAUUAUUAUAGUGGCGAUGGAGCGUGUUUUCGAAAGGUGUGAACAAUCUAAAUGCCCGUUGGUGGGAUUUAAGAUUGUUGUACCAGGGGAUUAUACCACCGAUAGCAAGAGAUGAAAAGGAUUUCGAUCCAAGUUCAAAAUACCACGUUAUUGCAGACACCCCUUAUAUAAAGUAUGUUUAAAUUAUAUACGUCAUAGGUAUCGUCAAAGAAGCUUUCAAAUAUUUUGGCGGAUUUUGCGAAAUAGUAUUCACAUUGCUUAGAGUAAUCAUUUUAAUAUCAAAUCAGUAACCAGUGACGCAAGCACUCAAAAUUAAAUAGGUACUCAGAAUUUUACUGGUUAUCUUAUAAUCAUUUACUAUAGUAGAAAAUGCCAUCUUGUAUAAGUCGAUUAGGACAUUUCUCAACGAAAUAUAUCGUGGUUUGAUAUUAUAGUAGAUAUUUGGCCUAUAUACUGUAGAUAUAAUCAUCUCAAUUUAUACAACGCCCAUAAAUUAGUGCAGUUUUAUUCGGGUUUUUGUGAAACAAAUUCAAAGAAAUUGAAUAUUUUUUUAUUUGUUAAUAAUAUAUAUUAAAAAAGCAAUGACAUGUUUUACGAUGAUCCGAUAAUUACUUAAUGCUGCAUUGAGAUUCUCCACAUCAAAAAUUAAAUUCAAAAAUCAAUUUUUGGUUGGUGCUAAUCAAAUUCAAUAACUUGUUUUACUUGGUAUUUACUUUUAAUAUAUUUUUUUUAAAUUUAAUCAUGUUAUUAUUAAUAUCUACAUAAUGUUUCAACAUUGAUGCAACUUGUGCAGGUGUGGGGGUGCAUAGCACCUCCAAGGUAGCUUUAAUAUUUUAUGAGAAUAUUCAUAGAAUACAGAUUCCCCAUAACUUUACCUAUACCUAGGCCCCAACUUAACCUAACCUAACCUACCUAGUUGCAGUUCUGCAUUUCACCUUGCUCUUUAAUUCUACGUCAGUUAUUGCAUGGAUUAGUAAUUCUAAUUGUCUUUUUAUUUUGUCUUGUUUGGGUCGAAUUAGGAGGGGGGGGGCAUACAAUAUUGAAAAAUAUUUUGACGAAACAGUAUUUUUUCGGAAAAAUAUUUUGUAGGACUCGUAAAUAAAAAAAAUAAAAAAUAUGACAAAAGUUGGAAACAUAUUUUGUCAGAACCGUAUUUUGUCGGAGAAAGAAUUAGUCCGAAAGAAUUUUAUCGGGAAAUAAUUUUUUCUCAACGACGAUAACAUGCAAUAUUGUAACCACGAAGUGCUUAUGAUGAAAUUAUAUUAAACGGUUUCCACAAAAUACUUUCCGAUGAAUUAUUUUUCCAACAAAAUACGGUUCCCAUGAAAUAUUUUUCAACGAAUUAUUUUUUUCAAAAAACUUUCUGACGUAAUAUUUUUCUGAAAAAAUAAAAGGUCCCGAAAUAACACUUCUUACAAAAUAUAGAAAAAAUUUCUAAUUAGGAUAUUAAAUCCAAAAUAAAAAUUAAUUUUAACGUUUUAUACAAUUAAGUAAAUUUUACAUAUUAUUUUUGAAAAUAAUAAUAUUUUAAAUAAUUUAAUUAUUAUUACUCAAUUCAAGUGCAGUCAAAAUAACGAGGGUAGGAGUGGUUAUGAAAUUUCAUAUAAUAAGGCUCAUACAUAAUGAAAAUUAAGCUUGUAGUAUAUUGAGGCUCAAAGUAUAUUUAGAAUCAAAAGGAGGGGAGGACGCACAUUGCCCACAUUUACCCUCCCCUGGAUCUUCCACUGUUGAACAUUAUAUUUAUAAUAUUGAUUUAAAUGAAGCAUUGAUAAAUAAAGUCAUUCAAUGAUCAUUUAAUAUUAAGCGAAUUUUAACAAACAUCGAAUCUAUCAAUCAAAUAUUUUAUUUUGGAAGAAAAAAAUAUUAAAUAAUCAUGUAUGGAAUGUUUGUUUCUUGGUUUAUGAUUAUGAACAACAAAAUAACCAUUCGAUGUAAAAAAAAAAAUACGUGAAUACGUUCAUACCUUACAUAUUAUUUUAAUAUUUUAUAAUAUUAUUACAGAUAUUUCAUCAGCAUCGUUCUACAAUUCCAAAUACAUGAGGCGCUUUGCACAGCAUCGGGUCACAUUGGUCCGUUGCAUACGUGUGAUAUAUACCGUUCGAGGGAAGCUGGUCGAGUGUUGAGGUGCGAAUAAAUGAUUAUUAUAUCAUAAUUUAUUAGAGAUAUUAUGGGUGACGAAAGGGUUGGAGGUGCUAUUUGUAUAAGUUACCUUGGUGACACGGAUGUAAAAAAUAAAUAUAAUUUUUAGCAAGAGAUCUAUUGGUUUAAUAUAAUGUUUAUUUUUUUUUUCUAUACGUUAAAAAACUUACUCCGAUAUAUUAUAUUAUAGGACAAUUUAUAAAAGGUUAUUUCCACUGAUACAUCGAAGAGGUAAUUUUUUUAUUUUCAAAGAGUUUGUAAAAUAAUUGGAAAAAAUCAGAAAGAAAAUUAUAGGUAAAAAGGACAAAUAUUUAUUGCGCACCACGGCGUUACCUAUUUUAUUCUAAUUAAUUUGUGUAAUUUAUAUUUUUCUACCAAAAAUAUAUCUCCAAUCGAGAAAUUUUUUGAUAUUCAAAGUAGUUUUCAUAAUAAUUGAGAAAAACCAAAUGUUAAAAUUUAAUAACAUUUAUUACAACUCGGCGUCUUUAAAUUUUAAUUUUAGAUUAUGAACGUAUAGCACUUUUUCUGGAAGAAAAUUUGACUGAUGUGCCACUUAAGGAAAAUAAUUUUUUGAUUUUCCCAUCUGUUUUCAUAACAAAUGGGAAAACCGUGAAAAAAAAUAGGGAAAACCGGGGAAAAAUGUAGGAAAAACGGGAAAAUGUAUGAAAUAUAUUAAUUCAGCUUCGUCAUUUGUUACACAAAUACCUAUAAGUAAAAAUCGUAGAUCCACGAGAUAAUUAUUAGCUUUUAAAAAAAUACUUGAGGCGUAGAGAAAGUGGCGUCCCUAUCUCCCGGUGUAUCUUAAUAAGUGCACUGCGAUAGCCCUCCCCUGGCCUUAAUUAGUUGGGGUAGUAUGGUCCUCCAGGUUGGGGGUUUAUCGACGGGCUAAUGACCCGUCAUAGUAAAAAAUAAUUGUUGAGCAAACUACAACUACUAAGCCUCGGACAGAUUUUUAAAGAAAAUAAAUGUAACUGGAAAACCUGGAGUAUUUUUAUUUUAAAAAUGGAACAUAAGAUAUUUGUACAAAUCGGGGCACUAAAAUGUAUUACUAGUAUUGUCAAGAAAUGUUUGUAGAUAUAGUAACCUUCCAAGAAGUGAGAUGGCCAGAAUCUAGUCAUCUCAAAUCAGAAAAUAUGACAAUUUUUAUAAUGGAAGCGGUAAUGGUAGACAUGAACACGGAGUGGGUUUUAUUGUAAAAGACUCUUUAUUAAAAUUACUAAGAGCCAAAUUGAUCAUGUACUUAUAGAUAAGAGACACAGAUCAAGUGUUAGAUAAGUUAGAAGCUACCGUGGAACUGAUGGAGACACAGACCACUGGUCAUAGCAUCAUUUAGAAUCAAACCGGCUAUAAGUUGGAAGUAAAAAAAACUAAAAAGUAGAAUCCGCCUGGAAAUAGAAAAACCUAAGGAUCAAGAGGUACUGAAAUCAUACCGAGAAUAUCUAAAUAAUGAACUGAUAAAAGCAAUUUCAAAUACAGAGAAAAACCUUGAAGAAACCUGGAACAUAGUUAAAGACUUAAUAAACAAAUCAGCAGAGGUAUUUAAAAAAGAAAACGUAUUCAACGGUAAGAAUUCAUGGUUCAAUGAACGGUGCGAGGAAGCUAUAGAAAGACGCACAGAAGGAAGAUUAUAAAUGAUACAAGACCCAUUUCCUGACAAUGUAGAAGAAUUUGUUAAAAACCAAAAAAGUUGCAAGCAAAAUAUUAAGGCAGGAAAAAAGAGCAGCCGAAAAAGGACUUAUUCAAAAAAUAGAAGAACAUAGGCUCAAUCCAAGGUUGUUCUUCAAAAAAUGCAGGAUAAAAUAAAGGAAGGUUUUAAAGCUUAAACUCGUAUGGUUAAGGACCACAAUGGAAACCUGAUAACGGAUGAAGAAGGUAUCAUCCAGAAGUUUCAAGCACAUUUUAAAAAUAUUUUAUUUGUCGACCAAGAAAUAAGGGAGGAAAGUGUAAGUAUGAUCUUUCAUACGGCAAAGCCUCUUCUAGAGGAACCUAAGCGUGAGGAGGUAGAGGAUAUAAUCGUGACCUUAAAACAAAACAAAGCCCCCGGUGAAGAUAAUAUCAACUCUGAUCUAUUAAAGAUCAGUACUCAACAAAUUGUGACCAAAAUUCACGAGCUACUAAAAGAAAUAUGGAAUACUAAUCGAAUACUCGAAGAUUGGAAAACAGUCGAUAUCUGUCCCAUAUACAAAAAGGGCGAUUUUAUGAAUACAAGCAACUACCGGGGAAUUGUGCUUCUAGACUCAUGCUACAAAAUCCUAUCCCUGGCAUUAUUAUGCAAUUUGGAGGUAUACUCUAGAGACUUAAAAGGAGACUAUCAAAGUGGUUUUUUGAGAGGAAAAUCCACCCCUAACUAUAUUUUCACAAUCAGAUAAGUGAUGGAAAAAUUAUAUGAAUUAAGAUAGAAUAUCCACAUGUGCUUUAUUGACUUCAGGCAGGUCUACGAUAGCAUAGUUCGAAAUAAACUGUGAGUGGCCCUAGAUGAAUUUGGAAUCCCCAAAAAACCUAUCGAUAUCAUAAGAGCUUGCAACACGCGUACGGUGUGCAAAGUGAAGUUGGGUUACAGUAAAUCUGACAGUUUUUAGGUUAGCACAGGACUCAAAUAGGGUGAUGCUCUGUCGCCAGUCCUUCUCAAUCUAGCGCUUGAGAAGGUGAUUAGGUCAAUGCCAAUGCUUCAAGUCAUGGAGGUUUUGUCCAACAGUACGCUCCUGGCCUAUGCAGAUGAUAAAGUAAUAAUAGGCAGUACGCGACAAAAUGUAGCGAUAAGAACCAAUGAUUUAAUUAAAGCAGCGAAAUCAAUGGGUCUAGAAGUAAAUCAAAACAAAACCAAAUAUUUAGUUAUGACUAGGGGAACAAGAGAUAACUCGGACCUAGUUGUAGAAAACUACACCUUCCAACAAGUAAACAAUUUCAAAUAUCAUGGGGCGAACUUAAAUCAAUACAAUAAUACGCAUAAUAAAAUUAAAUUGAGCCGCUAACAAGAGUUACUACGCCUUGAAAAAAAUUGUCAAAAAAUCAAAAUUCUUCUCUAGAUGAUCAAAGGAACGCUUGUACUCGUUUUCUACGGCCAGUCCUAACAUACGCGUGUGAAACAUGGUCGAUUACUAAAAAGGAUGAAGAAAAAAUGGCUUGCUUCGAAAGAAAAGUUCUUAGAAUGAUUUAUGGACCUAUACUAGAAAAUUAAGUUUACAGGAGAAGAAAUAAUGUAAAGGUACAACAAAUUUAUCAAAAACCUGGUAUCAAUGCGUACCUCAUGAGUAAACGAAUUAAGUGGGCAGGCCAUGUAUAGAGAUCAAAUGGAGUUCUAAAGAAAGCAAUGGAAGGAAAAUUCAAUGGAAAGGUUGGACCCGAUUUGGAGAAAAGGACAUUUUUCACAGAAUCCCGAAUUUAUAAAAUUUAUUGGGGAAAAACCAAUGCCUGAAGAAAUAAAAGAAAUGACACCACCUAGAGAAUUUUGUUAUUUUUUUUAUAAUGAAUCAUUAGCACAUAUUACCGAAUAGUCUACGCUUUAUAGUACUCAACAAAAUCAUGAAAAACUAAAUAAAAUAACGAUAAACGACGUAGGAUAUUUUUUUAAUUACAAUGAUGUCAAUCGUCCAUUUACCAAAUACGAGGUCAUAUUGGUCAGAAAAUACUCAUAAUAAAAUUAAAAAAAAUUUCAUGAGUGUAAAUUUAUUUGAAAAUAUUAGGUGGUAAGUAUUUUUACAACAAUACUUUAGGUUUACCAAGAGAUAAUUUAAAUCGUGAUAGGGUUUUUAAAGUUCGGUGACUUAUUGACACACUUAACAAAAAGUUUGGCUCUGUAACUAUCAAAAAAAACCAAUCAUUAAAUGAGCAAUUGUGUCCAACUAAAGCUGUUUUAUAUCUCAAACAGUAUCUCCUUCUUAAGCCUUAUAAAUAAGAAAAACAAAUGCUAAAGGAGCUUGAAAAAAUAAAUAAAAGGACAGCAACUGCAACAAUUCCAUCAACCAAAAUAUGUUUGGAUGAGCAUUAACAUAGAAUUGAAUUUGAAAAAAAUUGGACGUGUAUAUAAACUAUUGUAAACUACCAUAAUGUAAAUAUCAAUCAUUCGCUAAGUGCACUAAAUGUGAUAUUUUUUUAUGUUGUAAUACAGAAAGAAAUUGCUUAGAUUUAUUUCAUUAUACCUAACUGAAUUUUUAUUAUUUUUAGACAAUUUUUUUUAAAUUUAAUUUGUGUUUAAAUAAUAAUCAUGUAUUCAUAAUUUUAUUUUUUAACUGCUAUUUUAUUAAUAAAUUGUAUAUAAAUUGUAAAAAUACAAGCUUUUUUACUUAUUAUAUCAACAGCAUAUAAAAGUGCAUACAUGCUGUUUUUAAAAUUGAUUCAAAUAGAGUACUUAGAUUUCAUAACUAAAUAAUUUUAAUAAAUAUAAUGAGUUCUAAAGGUUUUAAUCUAUUAAAAAAUAUUAUUUUUAUUUCUUAAUAAAAAAUCAUGUAGUGAAGGGUUAAUGAAAUACGUAAAUAUUAAGGCCUAUAAAUUAUAAUUUGUAAAUAUAACAAAGCAAUACUGUUAACGGAAUUCCGCUCAGAAUCGUUUUUGGUUAGCAAUGGUUAAUCGUUGCGUUAAUGAAUUUCUUCUUUCCCUUCCCAAUUUCUUACCUACGACAGUAGCCCACCUAUCGGGUGAAUUAUGUCCGUAUCUUUUUGCAAACUUAUGUUCUUCCAGAAAUCAGUCUCCAAAUUUCAAGAAUAAUAUUUUUUUCUCCUUGAAAAUGUUAUCUAAUUUAUGAGCAAGAUAGUCGUUGUUUGUUUCCCGUAUAGUUUUUUAGAAAACUAUUUAGAUAAUUACGAAAGCCCGGGAAAAAAUGUUUGAAAUACGGCUAAGUAUAUGGAAUUUAUGUUUUUCUUUGUUAUUCGGGUAAAAACUAUAUAUCUCUGGUUUUUCACAAAAUACUUGUAUUGACAUUUUGUAGACGUAAUCAAAUUUUCAAAAUAUUCUUAUUAUGUUUAAGCUAUUUAUAGGUAUUUAAUAUAUUUGUGGUUUUAUAUGUACUUUUACUUGGUAAGUAUCUGUUAUUAAAAUUAUAUGACUACUAUUUUACCGUAAUAUUAUUUUAAAGCCGGUCGCAUACGUCUGGUUAGGUUAAUUUGACACUGUUAACUAAUGAAAAACCAAAAUCCAUAAUACUUUGCCACAUUUCCUACGGUUUUUUCCCUUAAUUAUUAGGAAAAUUAUAAGGAGUAUCAAACAACGAAUUGCUUACUCACAAACUAGACAAAAUUUUUUUCAGAAAAUAGGCUAUUCUUGAAACUUGGACAAAGAUUUCUGGUAGAAACGUUUUUCACAGACAUAAACACAAACUCGGUACGCCCUGUACUAAAAAACACGCUUCAUCGUAGUAAAACCAAUUGAUUAUUCGUUAUGCUCCGAAUCUAAAAUAAUGAGACCUACUAAACUAUCUUGGAGGUACUAGAGAAAGGUGCAAAUUUGUUUACGCUUCCUCCUUUAUGCCGUCUCCGACUUCUAUCCUUUUUUUCAUCGUAUAUACGAUAUAUUGAUAUAUAUAUAAAAUCAUAUAUAUGUCACUAAUUAGAAUAAACGCGUUUCAAUUUUGAGUAUAAUUACGCUUAAAUGUAUGUGUUUUAGUGAUAUAAUGUCAAUGGGUUACUCGAAACCGUGGACGCAAGUCAUAAGAAUACUCACCGGAGGAAAAACGAGUGAAAUAGACACACAGCCUUUGAUCGAUUACUUCAAACCGUUGGAACAUUGGCUGAUCAACGAAAACAAAGCUGAACGUAUCGGAUGGUCCCGGUCAAUUGAAGACAUUGGUAAGACAAUCAUUUUUAAUAUCAAUUAUUAAACUAAAACAUUUAGUGAUAUUAUUAAAUGUUGUGUUUUUUUUUUUGUUGUUGACAUUUUAGCACUGUUUGAACCUUUAUCAAUGGCCAACAAUCAAAUUUCAAUUGAUGCGUAUUUAAUUGUUUUCGUGAUUGUUGUUAACAUUGCAGAAUAUAAUAUAUACUAUUAAUUAUUACCUAAAUUCAUAAUUUUACACUAUAACGUAUUGUUUUGUGUGUAUGUGUAUUGUACACUAUAAGUGGAGUCGGUAGGUAUUCCACCGCCACGUUAACGUAUUAAUGUCGUGAAUUUUUUUUUUAAGUUAACUUCGUAUUUAUGGUAUAUUGUUUUGAUUAAUUUUAUGUAUAACAAUAUCAGAA